GGAUUUCGUGAGGAACAGAAGUGUCGGCGCGGAAGGAUUUCAAAACACGGUAGAGCUGAGGAUUACACGACUGGCAAAGAUGAGAAGGGCGUUUAUUUACCAAAUUUAUCGUGAAUUUAUGUGAAUUUAUCGUCAGACGUCUGAGGAUUUGCCUCUUCAGACUGUAGGACACAGAGGUGGAUAUAAGCAAGAAAAACACAGACUCGUCUUCCUCCUUCCACCUCCACAGGAUUGACGGCUGGCCUGACAUCAUUGGCUGCUCGUUGGGAAUGAAUCAUCGUCUCCAUCAGGGGGGGUUCAGGGAUGCUGUCACUGUCACUGCACCCUUAAAAUACAACAGACAACCCCACGCGAACACAGACCCACUCAGCCUCCUGAGUGUCUGUGGUAUUUGACAUCACGAAGCCGCUUAUUCUCAGGAGCCAGCAUGGAGGAAAUCCUGCGAAAGCUGCAGAAAGACGCGUCCGGCCACAAGCACAAAGCUAUCCGCGAUGCUUGCGUCUACGCCUGCGGUGAGUGUUCAGCAGCCCCCACCCGGAUCCUCGGCUACAGGAGGUGGGGGGAUCUGCGCCUGUGUUCACCUACUAGCCUUUAGGGACCAGAGAGCACCUAAACUAACCCCACAGGCCUGAAUGAUGAGGUAGAAAAAUGACAGGUAACCCGGACAUCUUAAGGAACAUAGGUGUUUCUCUAAAGUGAAGUCUUAUCCAUGGUAGUAAAGCCCAAAGAGGUAGUUAGGUGGAGGGGAUUUCCACCUCCAUGUGCAGGUGUGAUACUACAUCAACCAAGACAGGAAUAAAAGCUGUACCUGUUGUGUUAAAGGCAGCAAUGUAUGCACAGCUGAAAAUGAAACCUCGCCAUAUUAAUAUCAGUUCCUCUUUGUUCUUUGGAGAUAUCAUCUUUCACCAAAUCUCAACUUGCAACCAAAGUAUUGUUACAAGUUAUAGAAAUGCACAGUCAUGACACCACUUUAACAAUAAUACUGACUUGUUGUGUCUGUGAAAAAGCCUGAAAGUGCAGUGAUUUUCAUCCAGCUCAUGUGAAUUCAAACCUUCUCUAAAUAAGCGGACAUCAUGGCUUAGCUUCAUGUAUAUCUGGAGUUGAGGGAAAUCUGUUGUAAUGUCCUUUAAGUUGUCAGCAUCUUUUAAGUUUAGUUGAGGACUGUCAAUAAUGAGCAAGUUUAGGAAUAUUAUGGUCACACUCAGUCAAACAAAUAUGUCAUGUAUUGAGUUUUGAAGUUGUGUACUUAAUUUGGAUAGCUGAAAGUUAUGUAGGCCUACUAUGGUCUUGUUUAGCUUAAUAAUAUAUCAUACAGAACUAACAUCUCAUAGUCAAGUCAUAGGCAAGGUAUAGUAAAUCAAGUUAAAUAAGCUCACAUAAUAUUGGAUAUAAGUAUGAAACAGGUAAAUGUCUGAAGUAUAACAAGAUGUUUAAAAAGGGGUCGGAGCUUAUGGAUUGCAUUCAGCUGGUUUGGUAUUUCUCAGUUAGUAUACGAUCAUGCCCAACAACCUUUCUAUAUUUCAAGGCAUGUUUAAAGUGGAAUUAAAUACUCUUUUAAAAAACGACAUUAUAGGUAAUUUACAAGAAAAGAAAACAUUAAUAUCAGCAAAUUAUCAAUGUACUGAAAUUUGUGCUGACUUACUUUUCCCCUUGUAGUCACUAAUGUUAAAAGGAGAUCACAGUAAUGUGGCUCAUAGGAUCUUUCCACGUAGACAAAGAAAUGUCUUUUAAGGAAAUUGAGUUUCAGACUUUGAAUCGAAGCUCUUGCAUAACUCGCCACUGACUGUCUGCUCAGUCUCAGACAUUUUCUCCUCACCAUGCAGCACUCGAAGCACAACAUGAAACUGGUUAGAAACACUCCAAAGAAAAUGUAUUAAAGCUCUCUCGCAAAAAAACAAAAAAACUGUUCCACUGACGUCAGAGGUACUAUAAUUAGUCUUAAUGAUGGGUAAGAUGGGCCUGUCUGACCUUUGGGUGGCAGGUGAAACUCAGCAGAUAGAAAGCAAGUGCUGAUUGUGCUGAUGAAGGGACAGUUGUGUUACCCUUCAAACACACAAACACACUGAAUUAAUGCACAUACACUUCUCCAAGGACAUGUUCAAACCUAAUAGGGCAUGAACAAAGCGCACUGCAGACCUUAGAGCAAUGUAAGUGCGUAAUUCUAACAAGACAAAACGUGGAGGCCACAGUCAUGACCUAUUAAAUACAGACAGCUUCUUGAGCAAUAUAUUUUAGUGAUUGUUAUUGUGAAGGGUAAACAGGCGUCUUAGACUUUAUUUAACACUUUAGGUUUAAUACAUGCAUUUUGGGAGACACACCCAGCACAUCAAUCAACAUGCAGCACAUAUUUGCCUUCAUAAAUAAGGGAAGCCAGUCAUCCUUUUUGAACAACACCUUGAGUACACAAACAGAUAUAGGACUCAUAAAAAAUAAAAUAUAGUGCAAGCAAGCAAGAGUAAAGCUAGUUUACACGAAACCUUGGAACACAACACAACCACUUGUGAAGAGUUGCAAGAGAACACAAUUGCAUUUGUUAGAGCGCAAUUUACGAUGGGGCACUUGUAUCGUCUGGUUUCCCUCAUUUAGUGAAUCCGCCCCCUGCAGGUUGUGAAAAAGAAUGCAGGUUUAAUGUACUUCUACUUUGGUUUCACAUUUAAACUGAAAAACUAUACCGUUUCAAUUUUAGUCUGUUCAUGGGAUGAGUCGUCCUGCAUUAACAUUGUAUGACAAGCAUUUCCUUUCGCUCUAUGAGCACCUUUAUGAGGUUAACCAUAUAUUAGAGUCACAGCCGUAGGAUUUAAGAGCCAUUGUAUCAGAAAAUCAAACACUUUUCAAUUUGUUUGGUCAUUGUAACUCAGCAGAUCUGCCAAGAUGUGUAUUCUUAACCACAUUGCCUCCCUUUUCUUCAUAUCCUCAAAAUACAGAUACCCUUGAGGCUCAAAAUGGAUCAACCAAGAUUUCCCCAUCACAGCUUCGGUAAGUGAGAAUUACAUCUUACUGCCUCCGUCUUAUUUCUGUUCACCUUAAAUCAAAGCUUUAGUUACAAGAGGUCAAAAAUUGUCACACAGAAAUUCUAAAACUUCAAGAACUCUCACAACAAAUACAAGAUAGACCAAUGCUUAUCGUUCAGGGAUAAAAACACUGUGUCCAUUAAGUCUAACAUGUGAAGUAGGAGAGGGUUUGUUGAGACAUCUUAAAUGAUUAAAUUCAGAGGUUGGCCAAAUUAGCUGUGUCUGUUUCACAUACAGCCUGUGAGUUCACUGUGUGGGAAUAGAUAACUAAAUAUUGAAAGUCAGACUGUGUCCCAUCCACAGUGUAUUUGAUUUGAAUUCAUUUGAAUGUUGUAAUGAUCCUUUCGAUGAUAAUGUAAAUAUUUAACUUACCAGUGAGCUAGAACAGUGAGUCUUUGAGCAAGACUAAAACAUUACUUGAACUAAACAUAAUUUAAACAUGUCUAAUUGAACUGCCUUGUAAAUACUGUCAGUUUUGUGAAGACUAAAACAGUUUAGGCCUAUGAAAGACCCACUCUAAAGGAAAUCAUUGUCUAGUUGUUCAUAUGGCAUUUUUCAGGACAUAUCCUGAGAAAACUAUGUGCGUGAUUGCAUUUCUGAGUAUUUCUGCAUUGAAAUUUCUGUGAACCUCUGGCAGACCCAAACAGAAGGUUCAGACACAGUGAGAUUUCCUACGUCACAACUCAAAGCUCCACCCAGCUAUGCAGACCACACUCGGAGAAGUAGAGAGGACAAGUCUGUUCGUUAGUGGAUUAAAACGCUUGUAAGAAAGCUAAUAAUGAUAUGAACUUUUAUCAUGUCACUAAAGACAUUUGUGUCUGAGAGCUGAAUAGCUCCUAUGUUACCUGCCACUUCUACCUCACUGGCAAUGUUAGGCUGCAAGCUAGCAUGAGGGUGCAGGGGGAGCAGAGCAGCGCUGUCUCCGCCCACGACUCAGAGGCGAGUUUCUAAUGAUGAACUGGAGCUCUGCAGAGAAAAAGCCCUUGAAAAUGACACGGGUAAAGUGAUUUCGGCUAAAAACUUCAUAAUCACAAUUUAAAGACCACUGAACACUUUAAGACAUAGUAAAAAAAAAUUAUAGGAGUGGGACUUUAAAGAAUAGUAAUAUAAUAAAUAAUAAAGAAGUGUUACUAUCUUUAUCUUUUCCCAAACCUUUGAAAACCUACUUGGAUCCUUUUUAUCUCCCUUCUUCAAAGCAAUAAAGUAUCUGUUAUUUUGAUGUUUGAUAGUGAUGAAAUACACUGACGCUUCUGAAAAACAAAAAAAAAAAACUCUCAUAAUUUCAACCGAAGCUGCCAUGAGGAAAGAAAAGUGAUAGAGGAGGUGGUGAAUGAUCUGGAUAGAGAUAAAGUGAAGAGUGAGCAAGCUGGGAAAGAAAACAAAACUGAAAAAUGAGAGGUUGUUUCCUGAUUGUGUCACAGCGCUUACACUCUUGAGGACUUAUGACCAUUCUAAACCUCUGCGACUCAUCUCUGUGAUGCCCACUGUCACGUUUACCACCACUAGCUCUCCUCAAGACCCUGACGCUUUGUUGAGUCCUUGAGCAUCAAAUGAAGACAUGUAUUAUGUUUAUGUUAGACAGAAUAAGGGCAGAGGACAGAGACAGCUCUAUCAUCAUCUAUGUUCGAAGCCUACAAAAGAACUACUUUAGUGAGAAUAUUUAACCAUAUGGAGAUUUUUCAUGAAAGAAAAAGACGUGUUAUGCCUUUCAUUAUUUUUGGCAGUAUGUCAAACACUGAAUACUUUGUUCAGUGAUUCUUUCUGUACCAGUUCUGUGUGUAUUUUGGGAAUAGUAAUAAUAAUUUGAAUGAAAAAAAUCAUAAUUGGGGUAUCUAGGAGUUCAUUUUUUAUUGCCAUGGUAACAAAAAUUUUGUUACAAUUUUGUUUUUUGUUACAAAAAAAAAUGAUAUUCAAUAUCUAUUUAAAAUAGAUAUUGAAUAUCAAUUUUUUUUGUAGUUUUUGUAUCAAAACAAAAAUUCUACAAUCAUGACAAUCCUCCUGCCUUGCCCUACCCUCCACUGUGAUUGGCUGGAAAAGCCAUCUCACCAAAACUGGACUUUAAUAAAGAUAGUUUUCUUGUCUCAUCUGAAACAGAACGGUCAAUAUGGUCUUCAUAAUAAGCACUAACAAUGAUAAUUACCUAAAGAGGAAGUUCAAUGUAGAUAUUAAUGAAAUACUAUUUAGCUGUUCACGGUGACUGUCAUCCAAAAGCUUUGGACUACAGCCAUCCUUUUUGUAUAGAAAGUACUUACAUUGUACAAACAGACGUACUGUUUUUGCCUGUUCCAUUAGGGAAAUAUUUCUAUGGCCAUCUGGUAUGAUGAUAUUUUCUGUUUUCUAAGUUUAAAUUUGUGGAUUGAGUGGAGAGCUGCUGCUGCUGGUGGUGGUGGUGGCCGUAAAAUUGUGGUGCUAUAAAUUCUAGAUGCUGUUUCAGCUCAUUUUGCUAUGAAUAAUUCACUCAAUAAGCUCUAUUGUUUUAUUAGAGAUUAUUUGAUUAAAUAUUGAUGGUAAUGUCUUUGUAAUGUAGUGCCAUGACUCUCAGUCCACUUUGCCCCUCUCAAUCCAAAGUAAGAAUUUCAGAUAUUUCAGUUAUUGGUAAUUGGUGCGAAAAGUAUAGCACCAAUAUUUUACCCCCUUUUUUUCAUAUUUCUUUGUCUUCUAGGGUCAAAUAUUGUAAUGUGCGUUGUUUUCUUUGUAGCCUUUUAUUAGUUGUACUCAGCAUGCUCAUAUAUAGUGUCUGAAUUUAUCGAAACCCUGAGGAACUGUGUGGUUUUGUGCCAGCUGUGGUCUCUUGCAGCCUCUUUGAACCAGUGAUGUUGUGACAGCUCAGAGUAGCCUAGGAGCUCAGAGAUAAAACCCGGUAGCCUGCUAUCAGCAGCAGAGCGCGCUGACUCACCCGACUACAAAUAAUGAGGAGGAAAUGGAGAGGGAGUGAGUGUACAGUGGAACACAAGACAAAGAAAGACUGAAGAAAUAGAAGAAAGAGAAAAUAGCUCUGUGAUUCAAACACAGUAGCAGGGUUAUGUAACUGAUUCUGUCCUACACUGCUGUGUGUAGUUUGAAGACAGAAAGGAAGUGGAAACUUAAACUUCUAUUUUUAUCUGAAAACUUAUUUUUAUUAUUAGAGAGCCAUAAAUAGCUGUCCUUAAGCCUGAGGUAACAAAAAUGCUAGUUCGUUUAGCGUUUGUUGUGCAGAAACAGCAUCAGAUUAUUUCCUCUUUUUUUUAAACAAAACACCAAGAUGCCCAUCUUGUGAAACAAUACCAUCCAUCCAUCCACAAUAUUCUGUUUGUGAUAAAGCCAAAGAGAGAAGAGUGCUUAUGACACCGUUUUGUUUUUUUUUUCUUUUUCUUUUUUCUUUUGGCUACUUUUAUUUGCCUUUUUCACAGCCUUACACACAGUUCACUUUAUGUCUGGUUGUGAAAAACGGGCCUGUGUGGAAAGCUCUGGGAAAGUUAUAGGACAGAGACAGCUUAAGUACACCUGAAUCUAAAGAAGUGUUUGAUGCAUUAGUGCUCCCAAAAGAUGCUUAAGCUCUUACAUUGACAUCAUUUACACACUUUUUUGUUGUCUUUAUUACCCGCAGAGCAGGUGUGGAUGCAUUCAGGCAACACAUACACAGGCUGUAGAAAUUACUGGUAGAGAGCAUCCAUCAGUUUUUCCUGAGUAGAUGGCAAUGCUUUAAAAAAAAAAAAAGCUGAAAUGCUCUGCAAGUACACUCAGAUAUUGAAACUCUGGGAGUGCAUUCUCAACUGUUUCUUUGUCAUCUGAUGCUGCCAUGACCAUAGACUUCUAUUAAAGACUGUACAUAGAAUGGACGCUGUCUGCCUCCUUGCUGGGUGAAGCCACCGCAAGAACAGCACCCUCUGGUGACGGGCUGCAUUAAAGGUCAUAAAUCCCGCCUCCUCCGGCAAUCCCUAUGGAGCUGUGGACAAACUUUAGAAAUUUACCACACAGAAUAUAAAAUUUUCUCCCCCCUGCUUGCCAUGUUGACAUGUAGUUAUUGUAGGACUGGUUUGAGCUCAAGUGCUCUUUUUUCUGUGCAGCUCCAUUUUUAAACGUUAUUAGGGGGUUCAUGUUUUCUAUGAUUGACACUUGAUACAGCCUAUGGGCGUACGAAGACUGCGUAGCUCACCUGGGUGAUGCGCUGUUUGAGCUGAGCGUCAUCACAGCGACUCUCCCGAAUGUGUACAAUGCUACUGCGCAAUGUUGGUGUCAGGAAGUGGAGAAAAAAUCGUGAAAUACCGAGAGCUUUUUUGCUUCAAAUCCAUAUACUAGCGGAGGGUGAAGCCAAGUUGUCCAUAGUAUACAGUCUAUGGCCUCUAUUCAGAUACAGAGACAUAAUGACAUCCAAUCAGAGAGUCUAAGGCUACAUUCGUACUGCGGGUUAUGAUGCACAAUUCUGAUUUUUAUUUAAAUCCGGUCUUUUUGUGCGGUCGUUCACAUCACAACAACGAAUGCGACCAGACCCACAUGCACACAAAGCACAAAUUGCUUUCCAUGCCCGAUUGUGUUGUUGAACAAUGUUGACGUUUGUCGCAUAUUAAUGACGUAUAGGUCGGAUGAACGCGCCUGAGCGUCCACACUGCAGUCACAUCGGAUACAUAUCCGAUUUAUAUCCACAUACAAAAGAGGCCUGGGUUGGAUUUGAAAAAAUCAGAAUUGCACUGUUCACACUUGCAUGAAUAUGUGUCACAUAUGGUUAAAAAAUCUGAAUUGACCUGCAGUGUGAAUAUAGCCGAAGGCAGAUCUGCCGUUGAAAAAGGAUAUUGAGAUUCAUUUUCUUCACUGCAUCGGUUUGAGCAGUCUCCUAUGCGUACGUGUUUUCAACUGUUUGGUCAGGUACUGUUAUCUUAGGUUGGCUUUAUGCUUGUUUUGCCCUUGUUUCUGCAGUUUCCAGUGUUGUAAAAGUCUGAAACAUCAUAAGCUUGUUAUCACUGGUUCACAGCCCGUGCUUGGCACUUGCAGCCUGAAGACACCAAUGCUGAACGACUGCAUCUCAAGACCCAUAAUAGUCAGCAGUGACAUUUCUCUGUGACUAUGGAGGUCAAAGCAGAAUACGCCUCACUAAGUUUUGGUGUUUUUGAACUGUUUUCAGUUCAACAAAGCAGCUAUACUCACGUCUAUUUAUUGCUUAUCUUUUAUCUUCUCUUGUCAUUAUUAUUAGAAACAGCCUUCAUGUUUUAAAUAGUCUGCAUUGUUCAACCAUAUUUACAAAACAUUGCAGGGUUCACUUUGAUUUCUCCCAGCCUUGAAAAAAGAUUUGAUUCUGACUGAUUAACAAAAGAGCUUCAGUGGAGCAUGGUGUCCCUUUCAACAGCAGAGCGAGGGAAGAUAAGACAUGAGACACAGAUACAGACUUCCUUCUCUACCAGCCUCCCUGCAGGAUCAAUACAAAAAACUCGAUGGGAGAAGUUCUUUGUGUCUCUGACGAAAUGUGAAAACGGAGGAGAGAAGAUUACUUAAGUUGUUUCACCCAUGUUCUAAAUUUAAAAUAUGUGAAGUUCAGCUGUUAGCAGGAGGAAAAGAAGGAAUAGGGACUGGAGUUCAUGACUGAGGUCAAGUCUGAGGCCUUUUCAUAUUCAGUAGAUCUGUUUUUCCCUCAGUCCUGCAAAGCCUUACCUUGUUACUGGUUAAUUGCAUCUCAGAGGAUGGAUGAUAGAUGGAUUUUUUCUAUCCAUCCACCCAUCCAUCUGUCUGUCCGUCAAUCCAGCCAUCCAGCCCCUCUCUGUUAUUGUCAUGAAAGACACAUGGUUCAUUAGGUUGUGUUUUAUCACUGAAUACAGUUAACCUUUUCUUUUCGCAGUAAAGCUCAGAAAAAAUAACACUUCAUUAAAGAAAAAAUCUUAGACUGUAUAAACUAUAGACAACUUGGUUCCGCCUUCCACCAGUUUAUGGAUUUGAAGCCAAAAAGCUCUCUGUUAUUUCGCGUUUUUUCAUUGUGCAGUAGUGUUGUACGCAUUUGGCAGGAGAGUCGCUGAGAGUCGCUGUGAUGACGCUUGGCUCAAACAGCGUAUCCCCCGGAUGAGCUACGCAAUCUUCGUACGCCCAUAGACUGUGUCAAGUGUCAAUCAUAGAAAACAUGAACCCCCUAAUAACUUUAAAAAACGGAGCUGUACAGAAAAAAGAGGACUUGAGCACAAACCAGUCUGACAGUAACUACAAGUCAACAUCACAAGCAGGGGGAAAAAAUGUAUAUUCUGUGUAAUAAAUUUCUAAAGUUAGUCCACAGCUCCAUAGGAAUUGCUGGAGGAGGUGGAAUUUAUGACCUUGAAUGCAGCCUGUCACCAGAGGGUGCUGUUCUCGCAGUGGCUUCACCCAGUGAGGAAGCAGACAGUGUCCAUUCUAUAUACAGUCUUUGAGAAAAACUCAAGCUUUUGGUUAAAUUAUCAAUGAUUAUAAUUUUUACUACUUACUUUGACUGGAGGGAGCACUUUUAAAGAAAAAGGACAAGCGUUACAUUAUAAAUACAGGAAAAAACUAAAGUUGAUUUUCACACGCCCAAAAACACCAGAGAUUGGACUUCUUUGUUAAGCAUUUUGACUCUUGACUCUUGGGAAACUGACUCUCUUAGGGGCCAGUCUCAGUGUUUCCUAUCUGUAAAUCGCUGCCAGGGAAAUGGAUAUUAAAUGAAACUGCAAUGAAACACUGAUGGUAUCAAAGUUGUUAUAGCAGGCCUCUGUUUCUGUGUUUCCAGGGAGCGUUGCCUGCUGCCUCUACAGAUGGCUCUUGAGUCUAGAAACACCAAACUGGGACAGACAGCUUUGACUGGGAUGCAGGUAAUACAAUCCACGGUUUUCCUGCUCUCCUAUUUUUUCUUUAUCUUAUUUUUCUCUGUCUUUCCUCACGUGUUUUGCAUGAACUAACAGUUUGGAAUUUGAUUAAAGUAAGAAACAACAAUCUACCCUCACAGUGAAGGUGAACUUUUCAUCUUUGUUCACUCUAGUUCUCUGUAAAGUUUUGCUCUGCAGACAUGUUUACUUUUGUGGGUACAUUUGUUGAAUAAAACCUGAUCUUUUGAAGGUGCAGUGUGUAGAAAUAAGUGGACAUUAACAGAAAAGACUUUAUAUAAAGUGGAUAUCAUAUAUUAGUUAACUUUGAGUAAUCCUUUUAUAUUAAAGAGCAGGAAGGCCACCAUCUUACACAUCAAGUAUCAUGUGUCUGCUACCCUCACCUCUGCUUUUCUCCCCGUUCAGAAGCUCCUGUGUGAGGACAGGUUUGUGGGCGGAGUCAGCAUGGAGGUGGAGGUCCUGGAGAAGCAGCUGCUCAGCCAGAUGUUGGAGGCCAUUAGAAUAACCCCGUCCCUCCAUGAAGACCUGCAGGUUGAAGUCAUGAAGGUAAGACCUGGUGAUGUACAAACUCAGGUUUUUGCCCCCACACUGAUGCUCCAUGUUCCUUUAUGUCUGCACUCGAGGUUUGCACAAUUUUGCAAAGCACACACCGUUAUUGAGCAAAACUCUACAUUAAUUAAGCGCAGUGCUGGAAACAGGCUUGACUGCAGAAAUGAUGAGCAUGAAGACAAAUUUUACUCUCAUUUCAGAUUCUGUGGUCAUGGUUUUCAGACAGUCCAGCCUCUUCAGAUUUCUUUACCCCAUUUGCUUUUUACCUUUACAACCAUUUUUUUGUGUUUAGCUCAAUAGACUCAUUUAGUCAAAGAGCUUAAGUUUCAUCUACCAGAUUUUUUUUUCCUGAACUGCUGUUAUUUCCAUUCGAAGAGAGCAAAGAGCAAAGCACAGCGUCUUUGAGUCUGUGAAAAGCGCUUAACAAAUAAAAUGUAUUAUUAUUAUUAUUAUUAUUAUUAUUAUUAUUAUUAUAAAGAUGGAGUAGCACAGUCAUCACCAGAGUAGUUCAUUUUAAAGAGGAAGUAUAAACUGUGUUUGUGUCCCCCCUCCCCUUUUUGUGCAGGUCCUGCUGUGCAUCACCUACUCACCAAACUUUGACAUAAACGGAGACUCCAUCCUGAGGAUUGCUGAGGUAGGAUGGCCUGAGUUUGUUUGAUACACAUGAGCUUCAUCAUCACUUUUGAGAUUUUACUGCAAUUACUUUUACUGCAACAGCUGCAAUCAAACCGACCUUUAGAUUUCUUCAAAUGACCAAAGCUGUUUUCAUUGAAAUUGAACAAAUCCAUGUCAUCCCAAAGACAGACAGCAUUGCUCCUCUUUGUUAACUGUCAGCAGAACAAGCAGUACACUGAGCUGGUCUAUUUUUAAAGGUGAUGCUUCGCUUCUACCUCCCUCACUCAAAGGCUUUAUCUCAUGCUGUAAUCUCAUCAAUUAUUUAGAAGUUGAGAUGAGUGGUCCUCACGCACAACUCACAACUGCACACAAACAUAAAACAUAUAAAUCUUCUGAUUUUACAACGUUUGUACAAAAAUUUCAAGGGUUCAUGUUUAUCCAUAACAUAUCGAAAUGUGCUAUCAUAGUACAUCUCUAAUAAAUGAAGAUAUUUAUAGUUAUACAUAGUCUCUUGAAGCAAAGCUUAUGGGCUUUCUUUGUCAGAAUUAAAGUCAGAUUUUAAAUCAAUUAUUGGUAUUAUGAAUUGACCCUAAAGGCAGUUGAUAAACAGGUGAUAUACAAUACCUCCCUUUUGCUCAGGUGCCUUCUGAAUUUGUCUAGCUGUGUGUGAGUUUUGACUGUAACAAGGCUUUUAUUUGUGAUAUUUUUCAAGCUUUACACAAAGCUCCUGGAAUUAACUGUAGGGGCAGGAAAAAAAGGGCUGGGCAGAGCUGUAGGGUUUGGGGGGAAGUUUGGUUGGGCUAUUAUAUUUGUAUUUUAAUCAUUUUGUAGAAUAUGUGGAUGACUUUUAUGAAUCUCUUCAUUAGGACACAUAUAUCCAUACAAACAUUAUCUGGCAAUCACAGAAGAACCCAGCUGGAGUCUUCUGUGAAGGAAAUCUGUGCACUAAAAAUGUGGCCUUUGCUGUUAUUGUUUUGACCUGCUAUCUAACCAAUAAGCACCAACCCCUGUGGCUCCAAAGAUAAAACCCAAACUCGCAUUUUGCCAGGCAUUAUUCAAGGAUUGUUUUUCUGUAACAUAGCUCCCCUCAGCAGCAGCAGCAGCAGCAGAAGCUCCUGCGCCCAGGUGAUUGCUGACGUCCAUUAACAGCUCAUAAAAACCUGGUCAACAUGUUGUGUUAAUGGGCUGUGUGCCGCCAGGAACGGCCAUCUGGUGCGAGUGUGUUUCUGUUUGUGUUGGGUCAUAACUCAGGGUGGCUUGAGAGGCUGUCAACAACACUCCAUUAUCUGUAACAUCCCGUUCGAACAGUGAGGCUCAGUUCAGGUUCUUAAUGCAAGGAUUGGCAGCUUUGAAGGGAUUUAUUCAGUUUCAGCCACCAAGAGCUGGGAGUUAACACUUUAUCUUUGCAACACAAUCAUAUCUCUUCCAACAUUCAAUUUGACUUUCGACUGAGGAAACAGUUUCCGUCACCUUGAGUCAAUUUCAACUGAUUUCUGUUUCUUUCAGACCCCAAGUUGAAUGGCUUUAGGUGUAUGCCAUAUCUCCAACUAUUGCUCAACAGGUGGUGCAUGUUAUUGUUCAAUUGCAGCCAACAUGUCAAAGUGUUCGAAGAAGUAAUUCUGAACCCCAGACAGAUUCAAAAUGCUGCAACAAGAGACUGUUUGGUUUCAGUGGCUCCUUCCUCCAUGCAUGAUACCUGUGGGGAGUGUAGGCUGUCUUUUAACUCACUUGUUUUGAUCAUAUGGAAGCUAGGAGGAGUGCAAACAUUAGCAUGAUUGGGGGUGUGGCAAGUGGACUCACACAAAGGAGGCUAAGGAUCUGUAGAUUGGUAGAAAGUUAGUAGGAGAGAGCAUUUCAAACAUGUCAAUCCCCAUUGUUGGGCUACUUAGCACCUCUUCAGAAACCAGUGGGAGACAUCACUGAGAUGAUGUCAGUAAUUUUUAAAAUGUCACUCCCGAGUGAAUAUGAAAACACAUUUGAUUCUUUGGACAGUCAAACAUCACCUUUUCUAACUAGCUUUGUCACUUUUCUCCCUGAAGUACUUUGAUUAAAACUCAAAGAGAACUGUUUGCAAUUCAUGUUAUAUAAUACUGGAUAUACCUGCCACAUGUAAGGUAUUAAGCCUCAAUCAUAUUUAAGUUCACUAAACUGCAGUUAUGCCUAAAAAGCUUGAAAAGAUGUGAGAUCAAAACUGAGAAACUGUUGAAAGUGUUGGGGCUGGAAGAAGCUUUUAUUUUGGAGGGCAGCUCCUUACAGUCUUGCCAUUUCAUGCCCAGACUCAAUUGCAGCUGGAUGGGAUAAUAGUGCAGGAUGUAUUGAUCUGUCAUUGAUUAGGCACAGGUGGUGGAAACCAUCCCUGAGGCUGCUGAGACUUAACUGUGAAUACAAUUAGCCGAGAUGCUCUCUAUUAGGAGCUGUAUAAACUGGUUUCCUCUCAGCUUCUUUAGCCUCACAGGACAGAGGAGAACUUUGGGGUCCUUUCCCUGAAAUCAUCUACCUUUGCAGAAGGAAAUAAUUCCAUCUAGAAACUGUGUCAUAAGUUUUGGUUGAAUGAGGACCUACCUUUAAAGCCUACCAUAGAACAAGCUUGCCAGCGCAUAUUAAUUUUACAUUUUUUACAUGCCGUAGAGCCAUUUUUGUAUAAUUUUAAUUUGCCACACACCAAUACAACCCUUACAUCCCAAAUUUUAAUAAUAUGUUUGUCCUGAUUAACUGAAUGAAUUGCAAAAAGUGUAAUUAACCACCAAGAAAAUACAUAUUUUUUUACACAUAUUUUCCCAAAUACAGAAAUGUCAUAGCUGUAUCCCUCAAAAAUUCUAAUUUAAAAAAGUUGCACAAAAUAAUUUCAAAACCCAGGAAACAUAUUUGGAGUGUGUCCAUUACUUCAUUCACUGCUUUUAAAUUUCUUUUUAAGAUCAUUUUUAUAGACUUGCUUUUAUGUGAUGUCGUCUUCUUUUUACUCUUAUUAUUCAUGGUUUAUUGUCUCUUACUUCUCUUACUGUUUUAAUAUUUGUAUCACUUAAGCUUCCUCUGACUUACUUCUUCACAUUUAUUUUUCAGUUCCAAUUUUACAUCUCUUCAUGUUAAUAGUUCUCUAAACUUCAGUCCCCUUGGUCUCAGGUUUUUGUGGUUGGUUUCCUGUGUUGGCCGGGUAUCACAGGUUCUUAUGUCCUUAAUAUCUUUGUUUUAAUGAUGUCUCAGCUCAUGUGACACUUGUCAAAGCGAAGCAAAGGAAUGUCUUCCUCGUAUUUUCAUUUUAUUUCUACUCUUUAUUGCCGAUAGUGUCUCAUUAGGACAUGUAGUCUGGGUUUUAGUCUUGUCUAGGCUCUUUCCCCCCUGAGUAGUCGUUGUUAUUCUGUUUUUAUCUUUCUUUGUUUUCCUGCAUGUCAAAGCACUUUGUAAACAUUUGUUUUUAAAAGUGCUAUAUAAAUAAGUUUUUAUAAUUUUUGACAACACUUAAAAAGUGUUUUUAAGUGUUUUAAGUUGUUUACUCAGGUGCCCAGGAGCACACAUAUAUGGAGACAUAUAAAACAAUAACAAGUGCAAUAAACAAAAAAAAAAUAUAUAAAAAUUUUUACUGUGCUGAAAGUUGAGAACAAAUGAACAGAAAUUCCACCAAUUUUUUUUAUCAAGAUACAAAACAGUAUUAUGCUUCCCCCAACAUCCAAUUUGACUUUCGGCUGAGGAAACAGUUUCUGUCACCUUGAGUCAGUUUCAACUGAUUCCUGUUUCUUUCAGACCCCAAGUUGAAAGGCUUUAGGUGUAUGCCAUAUCUCCAACUAUUGCUCAACAGGUGGUGCAUGUCAUUAUUUGAUUGCAGUCAACAUGUCAAAGUGUUCGAAGAAGUAAUACUGAAUACCAGACAGAUUCAGAAUGCUACAACUUUUGUGUGUAGCAGGCAGAGUCAAAAAUCCUUUUCGAUUGGAGCAGUGUAGUUGUGAUAGGCCUUGUGACAGUUCCUGUCCACGAUCACGCACAGAGCCACUUUACAUGCCUCACACAUGAAGGGAGUGCACCUCCCACACAGCUUGCACGUCUUGCGCCCCUUUGUAGCUUUGUUUGGGCCUGAUGCCCCCUUACAAAUGGCAACAGGGAUGUGCUGAUAGUCCUCUGGGACUGGUUGUGAAGGUACUCCACACAGCUCAGCUGUCAGCUGCUCCUGAAAGGCCUGCUGUAUCAUGGGCUUCUGCUCCCGUCUGCCACACAGCUCCUUGUGCACCAAAUAGCUGUUUGUUACAGCAAUGUCGACAAAGUGUUGCAGCACUGUCAAAUACCACUUCCUGCUCCUUGUCCAUAAGGAUUGGGAGCCGAUCAGCUGGUCAGACAGGUCAGCUCCCCCCAUGAAGCGGUUGUAGUCCUUCACAGCUGACGGAGCUGGCACUCUGAUUGUCCUGUAUUUUCCACCAACCUUGGUGUUUCUUUUUACAGUUUCCCCUGAGAAGGCAGUAUGCAGAGUGGAGCAGACUCUCACCUCCCUGGUGUCCAUCCAUUUAACAAAUAAAAGAGCUCCCUCUCUGAUCCACCUGAUGGUCCCUCGGGGAGAUUUUUUGUUCAGGGCAUUCUCCUUGGUUUUUGGAAUGCCAACUCUUGUAUCUCGAAAGGUCCCACAGGCUCCAAAUCCCAGAUCAUGAAGGUGGUUGAAGAGUACUGGACUGGUGUAGAAAUGAUCACAAUAAAUGUGAUAUCCCGAUCCCAGGAAGUUUUUGUUGAUGAGCGACAUCACAGCAUCAAAUGGCAGUCCAUUCCCACUCACCACAGUGGAUUUCCCUGUAUAAAUAUUGAAGUCCACAGUGUAGCCUGUGUCGUCUGACAGCGCAAAAAGUUUCAUCCCCCACUUUAUUGGGUUGUUUUUUAUGUACUGCCUCAGGCCAAUUUUGGCUUUGGUGCCUACCAUGCGCUCAUCCACAGAGAGGUUUUUCUGGGGGUGGUACACAGCUUUGCAGGCUACACGUAAAGUGUCAUACAGGGGGCGAAUUCUGUGCAGACAGUCAUAGUCAACCUUGCCUUUUCUGCUGUCAUUGAGGGCAUCCUCUGCAGGGUCACUCAUAUGAAUGUUACAAGUGAUGAAGUUGAACCGAUCUCUGGACAUGACCUUUGCAGGAUAUGGCACACUAAAAAUGGAAUCUGUGCGCCAAUAAUUAGUGCUUUGUGGCAGCUUCAGAAUCCCCAUGUACAAUGUCAUCCCUAUGUACUGAUACAUUUCAGCCUCUGUGACCUCAGUCCAUUUGAAUCUUUUUCCUGCAGCGAUAUUUUUAGCUGCAUUUUUAUUAGUGUUUGCGCACAGUGUUUUGAUGGUAGCCUUGUCAAAGUACAUCUUGAACAGCUCAGAUGGAGAUGGACUGACCACAUACUGUCCAAGAGGUGGCUGCACACCUGGCGUUCUUUUGGGCAGGAAAUGUAGUGGGGAAUGUGGCAAGGUAUCAGGUUCAGUUUCACAUCUCCAGCGAGCUACAUCAGCAGGAAGUGUCUCUGUCCUGGAGCGCUUGCGAGGAGACUGACUGCUGCAGCUCAAGUUUGGUGAAGGCUGUCUCCUUCUUCUGCCUCUCUCCAGAAUACUUGGCGCCUCAGGGGACCAGGAGGUCUCUUCUUCCUCCUUAAUGUCAUCAACACUGCACACAGAAAAAGUUACAAUGUGUUUUAGAAGUGCAUUGCACAUUGGAAUUUUUUAAAUUGUCAAAUCAAAAUUCAAAUUUUAUUUAUAUAGCGCCAAUUCACAACAGUUUUCAUCCCAAGGCGCCUUUGAGAGAAAAAAAGCAGGUCUAGACCAUGCUUAUUAUUUGAUAAAUUAUCAAGACCCAACCUUAAGAUGGGACACAUUUGACCCAUCUCAUCUAACAUGAUUGACUGUGGCAAGGAAAAACUUCCUUUUAACAGACAGAAACGUUGGGAAGGACCAGACUCAUGCCAGACAAGGAAAAAAUGUCUUUUAACAGGCAGAAACCUUGGGAAGGACCAGACUAAUGCCAGACAGCCACCAAGCCGCUGCUGGGUUGGGGAAGGAGAGAGAGAGAGAGAGAGAGAGAGAGAGAGAGAGAGAGAGAGAGAGAGAGAGAGAGAGAGAGAGAGAGAGAACGAAGGUGAGAGAGAGACAGGGGACAGCAGCAACAUUGAAACAACAGCAACAACAACAAUAGCUCAUGCAAAGUUGUGGUUGCAGAGCAAGUAUUGGUGAAAAAUGAGUUCAGUUCACAGGAUCAGGAUAUGAGUAAUUAAGGACUAUGUUAAACUAUUUUAAUGUGAUUACAGUCAGCAGACUUAACAGUAGUUCACUCUAGUUUAUGAUAUAAAUGUCGGUGAGGCUGAUGUAAAUUUCAGCAGCAACAGUCCAGAGGAACCCAAGAGAAGAAGGAGCUCAGGGCCUGAGGCCAACAAUCAUAAACCAUGCAGCUUGAGUCAUGCAGGUCCACGGCAGCCAGUUGUCUAAUUUCCUCAGAAACUAAUAAUAUCUCAUGAAUAUAUACAUACAUGUCAUGGAACGGAUCUAUCCCGUCGAUAAAGUCUGCUUCAUCUCCACUGUCGGCCAAAUCUAGAUCAGAUGAGUGAACAAAAUCCUCAUCUUCAUCCGACGCUGGAGUUACCUUCAUAGUUUCGAGCAAUUUGGCGCGUCCUGCUCUUCGCAGCUCCAUGUGUGUGUGGGUGUGAGCGUGUGGAGUGUGUCUAGCGUGCGUGUUAGCAAAAGAGCAACAGAUACUAAAAGACGAGACGAGAGUGUCUGUCGUGUGUGUGUUUGCAUAAUAUCAGCAGAUUCUAAACGAUGAGACAAAAGCAAGAGUCCGAGCGAAGUGAAGAGAAGUGUGAACUCUUCAAAAACUACAACUUCUGGGAAAAAAAGACCCAGGGAAAAUGACAUCACUUCCUGUUAUCGCGGCCAUUGGUGGGCAAGAAAACCUCGUGAUAGUGCAUACUCCAACGUCAUCACGCAUAUUCUGAUUUACGAAUCACAGCGGUUUGGAUUAUAAUUUUUAGUUUUUUGCGCUUUUAAUGGAUUUGUGCAAAAAAAGUAAGAGUGACUGGCGGGAAAACAAUGGGAGACUUUAUGAGUAGAAAAUGUAAAUUUAACUCUCCGGUUUCCCAUGCAAAAUAUUUUUUUUUGCUCUAUCUUAUUCACAAUUCUACUGGCAUUCAGAAAUAGAUAUGCAAAUGAGAGCGCUCAUUUGCAUAUCGUUUUUCGCCGUUUUUAUGUAUAAAAAUAUUCUCGUUUUUCAGGAACAAAUACACAAGCAAGCUCCAUCACAGCAGGUCCUAUUAUUGUGAGUGUCCUCCACAUAGGGGAGAGUGGGGUAAAUUAAUCCAAAGGGUAAGUGGAGCCACCCCCUCUUGCUUGGAAAUGAUAAAAGAAAUUGAUCAUGUGACCAAAUAUUUAAGAGAUGGGCAUCAAUUCAUGGAGUCUGUGAAGGUUAGAAGCACAUGGAUGAAGAGGUUAGACAUUUGUUUCCAACAUUUUUCACUCUUGAAAGUAAAUUUAGUCCAUCAGAAGAUUUAUUAGAAUAGUGGUUAAAUCAAAAAAAGAUCAAUUUGAAUUUGUUUUAUACAUCAAUUGUGGUAUCUAUGAGCUACAACAUGAGGUCAAAAACCUGGCAUAAAAGUCCACCAUUUCAGUUUAGAGGACUAAUAAAGUCACAAUAGUAGUUCUGGGGUAAGUUGAGCCAGUGGUUCAACUGAGAAAGUAAAAGAGUCUGACGAGAGGAUCAGAGUUUCAGUUCAGAUUGUUGAAAUGUUUGACUUUUUCUUUUCAAAAAUACAGCUGUGGAUGUUUUGAAUCACUUAAAGAUAUUCUCAUGUUAAAAUAUAUAUAUAUAUUUUUACAAAACAUCUUUUAGCAAGUAUAAGCAAUAAUAAUAAAAUAAUUAUUGUACUAGUUGAAUAGUGUAUAAUAGAUAAAAAUACACAUGAAUGUGAAGAAGUGACUGUUAUUUAGGAAGAGAGAGAGUGGGGGGUAGUAGGGAUACGGCUCAACUUACCCCACUCCUAUGCUCAAUUUACACCAUACACGGGAUAAGUUGACCAUAGGAGACCACUUUUUUUGGCAUGUUAUAUUAUCAAGACAGUUAUGUUUACACUUAUUUAGUGUUAGAGACAGUUAGUUAGAGACAAAACCACGAUUGCCUUAAUGUAGUGAUCCGAAAUAUGAAAAAUGGCUCAUCUCUUACCCCACUCUCCCCUACCCUUGGGUAUGUUUUUAAUGACACUGCAAAAUAAACUAUUAUUCCACAAUUAUUCAGAGAGGCCUUUUUGCAUUUUUUUCUGCCAUAUGGGGACUAAGAGUUCCUCUAAAAAUCCUGUUGGAAGUAAAGGUUUUGGAUAUGUCUGCAUGUGUGUACGUGUGUGUGAAUCAGCUACUGCCCUCUAACCCUCAAUAGAUCUUCAGAGAUUCUCUUGGUUUAUAAUCUGGUUGGAUGGCUCUUGACUCACUGACAAUACAUCCCCCUGCCCCCUCCCUGUCAUUUGUCCACUUACUGUGUUCGCUCAUGACGCCAUGGAAACCUCUAAUAAAUCUUUCUUGUGGUUCAUUGUCUGUGUGUGAUGCUGUCUUGCUACUGUGCAUCAUCACUUUUCUGUUUUUCUGACUCAGGCUUCACACUGAGAGAUGUAACCUUUGUGUGUGUCUUUGUGUGUUUAGGUGUGUAUCGAGACCUAUGUGUCCAGCUGUCACCAACGCAGCAUCAACACUGCGGUCAGAGCCACGCUGAGCCAAAUACUGGGGGACUUGACGCUACAGCUGCGACACAGACAAGAGGUCAUGUCCUCGCACAGAAAAAAACACGUUGCAGCAGUCAGACAGACACACAGAAACAUAAAGCUUUGGCCUUACUUAUAAAUCAGAGCUAGAAAUAACAGCACAGAUCUUAUGAUAGCUUGCUGUAUAGCGGUAUCAACUAUCUGUUUCAAGUUUAUGCCUGUUUAAAGGAAGUCUAGCUGUGACACUGUAACUUGCUAAAUGCUGCCAAGUGCUACACUCAUGUUGUUGAAGAUAGGAUGGGAGUGGGUCUGGUCUUAUAUGAUGGGGGCUCAACUCACACUUACUGUAUGUUUACACACAUUGCACUCAGGGAUAUGCAAAGCAAUUACAGGCAGACACAGUAAACAUGCCUCCUGCUGUGCUCUCUUCUACAGGGUGCAGACGGGGAGGAGGUGACUGCACCACCCCUGCAUAGAAGAGGUAAAUCAAUCCCAGUGCUAUCACUCACCUUUGCUGCCCUUCUCUGCUCCAGGGCUGUAAUUACCACUGUUAUAUAAUCAAGAAUAUCGUGGCAAAUAUGAAUCAGUGCUACUUGUUUUCACUGAAGUAAUCAGGCGUUGAGUUGAAAUACAAAGUGAAAAGGCAUUGCCUCAGAAAAGUAGGGUUGAUGUUGAAUAUGAUUAGAGGAUGAUUGUUAUUUCUCCUUGCAAGCCUGAGAACCCUUCACAAUGUUUGUUGGAAGGAAAACGCCAACAAUCUUUGCAAACUUGAUAAUCUGUGAAUUUUGAAAAGCAUGCCCUGAUUUAUUCAGCAAACACUUUCAGGAAGAUGUAGGGGGAGUCUGCACAUUUUCAUGUCUUGUCUGUGGCUGAAGCUGGAGAAGUACAGCUUAGACUGACAAUGUAAGCCUUGAAAUUGUGUUGAGAUUAAUCUGUUUUACUGAGAUAACAGACUUUCCUUUUACAGCAUGUUCCACAUUCACACAAAGUUUACAUGCUUAACCAACUAGCCCUCAAAAUCUUAAAAUAGCUGAAUCUGGGAGCCUAACGUACAAACAAAUUCACAAUUUAUAAACCGUAGAAUGAAGCUCCUGUGAGGAACUUUUGUUUUGUCUCAACUUCGGCACACCCAACAGACAAAGCAGUCUUUGCUUAUCUAGUACUUGACAUGUGUUUUAUUAUUGUCUCUUAAAAAAAAUCUUGUCCUUGUUUUGUCAUAGUGCCCUCAGAAUUCCUGUUUUCACAAUUCAUGGCUGUGAGUUUUCAUAAUCCAUCAUGUGGAGCUCAAACUGUCUAUUAGCCAUUACAAUUAAACCAAUUAACCACCAAUCUAAAGGAUUUUAUGUUACACCUUCAGUCUGAGGACUUUUAUAUAAUUCCUAACACUUUGAUACACACAAGGUUUUUUUUUUUUUUUAGAUGGAUGCCUCUCCAGGCUGAGAGCCAAACAGGUUUAUAGAGGGUUAUUGAUUUAUUUUAUGUAUUACAAAGAAAUCUGGAGGUAUAAUCGAGAAAGAGAGAAUAAAAAGAGACACAGAAAGUAAUGAAGUUUUUAUUAGCCCAUAUACAAAUUGAAUAAAGAUAAAGUAGAUUCCAUGAAUUAACCUUGUUAUUGUGUAUCUGUUUGCAGAUAUUUCCCCCACAAGCCAGGCUCUGUGUGAAGAUGUGGUGACUGUUCUGACUGUUUUUUGUGAAAAGUUGGAGUCUGUGGACAGGUAACUGUGCAGUUUCUCAUUACAUCUAAGAUAUUGUUUCUUUUGAUGCUGAUGUAAUAAUUGAGUGAUAUUGAAGUGUGAUUCCUGUAUCUGAAUCUUCAGGCUCUAUAUAGAAAAUUUAUAAGAAUUGUUGACAAAAUCCCUUCUAGAUUAGUAGAUAACUUAAAAUCUGGCCUUCUUAAUGGAGACCAGCUGCUGUACCUAAAGUUUCCUCUGUGUUAGACACAGGUAACUCUGGUUAAGAACUUUAGACUUCUUCAACUAAGUAUAUAAGCUUUUUCUUUUUCUUCUUUCUUAGAGGUAGUAAGGAGAAGAUUAAUCAAAGCUUCAUACGUAACCCUUGAAAGCGUGUAUGAGCUCAGCUUGAUAUGAAGACUUGAAAGAGGGAGCAGGUCCAAAAAUAACUUGUAAAUAUAUUUUUUUAGAUGAAUCCAUAUAAAAAAUGUGUUGUCUCAUGUGAGUGUAAAUUAUUUUUUGGCUUGAAACAACGACUUUUCUGUGUAAUUGCUUUGGAGUUGUAAGUGAAAUCUAAUGACAAUUAGAUGGCCUGCUGGGAAAUUUGUCAUAACUUUUCAAGGUCCUUCAUUGAUGGAUUUGUUCAACAUUGGCAACUUUUUUCUUUUUGAUACUUGGUGGUAAGUGAGAGGACCUUUUGACUGUACCACAUAAAACCAUUAUUCGUGACUUAAGUGUCACAUUAUUAUCUUGAGACACAAAUUAUUAAAGUUUUUGCUGCAACACAGUUUCAUUGUGCUUAAUCAUAAGGGAACAAAGAAACAAAGUCAGUUUUAAAAUUUGAAUUUGAGGAUGCUCUGUCUUUUUUGAGCAAAUCGUCUGGUGUCACAAUUGUGUUGGUGGGAAAACUGCCGUGCUCGCUUCUCUUUGUAGAUAGAAAAAUGAGUGUGCUGCUCCUCAACCUUCAGCCCUCUUCUCAUUCAGCCUUUCUGUGGUCUUGGUAUUUGUCUACCCAAUAGCCCACUCUCAGUUUGUCAGACCACUGCUGCAGCACUGUGGGUUUGAGUGUUUCUGGCUUGUCUAAAAAUAACAAGUGAAAUACCUGACUCUCCUUAACAUAUAAAAUACAAAAGUAACAACAGCUGUGCCAUAUCUCUUCACCUUCCAGUGGAAACCAGCUCUUGCAGCUUCUCUACCUGGAGUGUAUCCUCUCCAUGCUCAGCAGUUGUCCUCCCACAAUGCACCUGUCCAGAGGCUUCACUGACCUUGUAUGGUGAGAUAUUCAAUGCCGCUAAUAGAAAAAUAAAAUAAAACAUGAGCUCUAAUCCCACAAGGAUGGCCUGGAAAUGAACAUUUCAGUAGAACUUUGUGUCUUCACUCACUGACAAUCUAGUGUAAUAAAUACACACAGUUAGCCACGAUAUCUGCUAUCUUUGAUGGUCUGUUUUUUUUUCUUGUUUUCAAAAUCCUCUUAACUCACUGAAUUGGUGUUAAUUGUUUUUAAAAACAUUCAUAUUACUAAUGAAUUGAUCAUUUUCCUCUAACCAGGAAGCAGCUGUGUCCGUCCCUUGUGGCGAUUAUGGGUAAUCCUGUCAAUGACAAAACCAUUGCAUCUAACCACAGCUACACAGGAACACCAGAUAGAGACCGCCUCUCUGAUAGACUCAGUCUAGGUAAGUGGACUAGCUUGAGUAACCCAUUGUUUUUAUAAUAUGAUUAAAAGCACCUCAGUCAUACAGUAGAGCUGCGUUUAAAUGUUCAGUUUCAACAUUCAAAUAGUUAGCGGUGGUGCAGUGAUUUACCCAUCUGCAGUAUCUAGGUUUAACAUUGUUGUAACCGCAUAUAAAUAAAGCUGUAUUAGAGAAAGAAAACAGCUCAAAAACAUUAGUUUUUUUUCUCUUCAUAUAGUGAAAUUAAAGCUUUUUAUCAUUUGAUUUGACCCCCUGCAAUUGUCUUUGUCAGGGAUCAGUCAGGAGAUGGAUUCUUCCAGUGGAGGAGUAUCUGAUCAAGGUAGAGGAUCAGGUUGUUCCUCGAGUGCCCCUGCCAGGAUUGCACCUGUUGUGAGGACGGUGUGUUACAUUGCUGCUGAGCUUGUACGUCUUGUGAGCUGCGUGGAGUCGAUGAAACCUGUGCUUCAGUCGCUCUACCACAGGAUCCUGUUGUACCCGCCUCCUCAGCACCGUACCGAGGCCAUCCGCAUCAUGAAGGAGGUGGGAGGAGAUGUCACUCGUGAAACUCUGAGAUUAAGAUAUUGAUACCAUGAAGAAUAUAAAAUGACAUGUUGUUUUGUUAAUAGUCACAGGAUCUUGACUCAAAUGCAAUUAUUAGCUUCCGAGUGUCAGUCUGCUCCUGUUGUGUCCACCUAUACAAUUUCUCUGCCCUACAUCAAUGUAUAGGCUACAUUUCAGUCUGUAUCUAAAAAAAGUAACCAUAGGAACAGGGUCUUGUUUCUGUCAUCAGCUGUUCCCAUCCUUACCCUUGUGUCACAAAAUGCAGCUCCUGUAACCUAGCAACAAAUAGCUGUCUGACUAGCAGACAAAGCUAACAUUAUGUAAUGUGUGUAGUUUUUCGUAGUUUGAAGAUAAUUUGAAGUUUCCAGGCCCCUUUCGCCUCUUUCAGCAUCUUUUGUCUUUUGUGGGCUAACCCAAGAUGCAUUAUUGGCUUCUUUUGAAAGAGCUUGUCGAAAUAGGGUAGCCUCUGAUGCAAUCAUUGAUGAUCAGCAUCCCCAAAUAGGACAAUCAUUGUGUCAGAUGAAGCUUUUUUGAGGACACCUCUGGCUCUUACAUAAAUUAAAAAUAAAUAAAUAAAUAAAUAAAAAUAAAUAAAUAAAUAAACCUUAUGCUGGACACCUCUUUGGUCUAUCUCUAACUUUGUUUAGUAACAACAUGAUUGUGUACAUAUAUGACAUUUGUUAUCAUGCAGCAACAGUAGAGGUAAAAUAUGAUAUGAAAGUGGAAUGAGUGAAGCUGUUAUGUCUCCUUUAGAUUUUGGGCAGCCCACAGCGGCUCUACGACCUGGCUGGUCCAUGUGUGGCUGAGCCUGAAACCAGAAAGCGCUCAUUCUCAAAGAGGAAGUCCCACCUGGACCUCCUCAAACUGUGAGUUACUCCUCUGAUUCAAUUUGUUACACUGGUACUGUGCUUGAUGUGUGUCAGUUUUCAUAUGACUAAUAGUUCAUUUAAUUACUUCAUGUUUUUUUCACUUUGAAAGAGUAAUGGAUGGGAUGACAGAGGCCUGUAUGAAGGGAGGAAUUGAGGCGUGUUACUCCUCUGUUUCCUGCGCCUGUGCUCUCCUUGGGGCUCUGGAUGAACUGUCCCAGGGACGUGGCAUCCAACCUGAGCAGGUACGUGACUGAAACAGGAUAGAGUAAAAAACAUGGUAACGCUUUAUAUGAAGGUCCUUGUAAUGAACAAUAAUUAAGUCUUAUUGAUUCUUUUAAAUGCUAAGAGCCAUUUUGCAAUUGGCUUAUUAACUGUUAAUUCAUGCUUAUUACAUGGACCUUAAUAUAAAGUGUUACCAGAAAUGUUAAAGGGACAUUCUGGCAAAAAAUGUAAGUCAUGGUCAAACACAUUGUAACACAGAGUUAGACACCCCCUCGAGAGAUGAAUGCUGCAGACGACUUGCUUCUCUAGUUAUGCCAACUUCAUAAAACGGCCGCACGAUAGCAAUACACAGCAGUCUAUGUCUCCCCGUGCAAACCUCAACCAAAACGCCACUCUAUAGCCACAAAUGCUCAGAACAGCACCUAACUUCAUCAACAGUACAUAUAGGGUCCCAGCCAUAGUAGUAGCCAUCAAACAUCUUUUUAGCUUUGCCUGAUUUCUUCAGAAAAAAGACCAAACACAACUCACCCACUCUCCUCCAGCAGCCACUUGUUUGUGGGGGAGCCCUGACGAGUUGUCACCAAGUGCAGCGGAGUUUCGCAGCUCAAAGAAGAACAUUUAUGAUCAUUACUUCAUGGAAACGCAAACAGACCAAGACACUAAGGCAGAAGAACUACCGCAUCUGCAGUACAAAAUGAUAAAUAUGAUGAUUAUAACUUCAAGGAAGCCCACUACACUUGGUGAUCAACUUGUCAGGGCUCGAUUAGAGUGGCUUUUUGGUUGAGGUUUGCAGGUGGAGAGGUAUACUGCAGUGCAUUGCUAUCAUGCGGUCAUUGCUGACGUUGGUAUAACUAGAGAAGCAAGCAGUUGGCAACAUUCAUCUCUGGAGGGGGUGUCUAACUCAGUGUUUUAGUGUGUUUGACCAUAACUUACAUUUACGCCGGAUUUUCUCUUUAAGAGGAGUUCUGCAGUAGUGAUGAGAUAAUUAAAUUUUGCCGCAGCAGGACAAAACUCAGUCAAAAUCUCUUGAGUGGAUUUUUUAUGAUCCUAAUUUACUAUCCUAAUCUUCCAAUUUUAAGCUUCCUAGGCAGGGUAGUUUGAUUUGGAAGUAAUCGUCCCUGAAGUGUUUUAUGUAGACAACAGUAACAAAGCAGCUGUGUGUCCCAGGCUCGGCUGCUCCUCAAACGACUGGAGGAUCUUAAAGAUGGGACAGAGUCGACACGAGAGUCCAUGGAGAUCAACGAGGCAGACUUCAGGUGGCAGAGACACAUCCUGUCCUCUGAGCAGGCUCCUUGGGACCCCAGCUCUUCUUCCUCCAACAUGGCCACCAGCGGAGCCACUGAGCGCAGCCCCGACAUCAGCAUCAGCAUCACCACAGAAACAGGCCAAACCACUCUGGACCUGGAGGUGGGGGAGCUCGGUCUGGGCCACACCACUCCUGAGGAGUGUGGAGAGGAUGCACAACUCCCUUCGCCGUCAUCCUGCGAGGGUCAGGAGGGGAUGAAACAUGAGCCGAGUCUCGAGCCAGGCCGUGGGAUUCAACAGGGGGAGAUAGGAGGUGCAGGGGAGGUUGAGGGGAAAGGAGAGAGACAAAGACCAGUUGAAAGGGGAGGUGUUGGGGGAGAGAGAGGAGGCGUGGUACCACCAGACGUAGUGCAGCGAAGUCAUGCCCUUGUUUACCCAGACAUCACCAACUUCCUGUCUGUGGAGUCCAGGACCAGGUCACACCAUGGAGGAGGAUCACGAUACAGCGAGAGCAACUUCAGGUGAGUGUGCAUUUGUCGGUGUGAGGGCGAAUUUCAACCUUUUAUGCAUCUUUCAAUAUCCGAACAUAUAGUGUGGCAAAGUGCAAACAUUUGUCAGCAAACCGUACUAAAAAAACUAUCUCUAGUGUGUACACUUAAACCAAGGUGAGUGCAGAGGAUCAGAGCCUCUGAAAAUUAGCUAAAGUACCUAGCAGGCUUACCCUGUCUGCUAAAAGAUGUAGCUUGGUUUGCGUGACAAGGUCGCAAAGGUGUCAAGGUCUGGAGUUAAAUAAAAAGGGAAACGACCCAAAAUGCAGAACAGAAAAUGAUUUCAGGCACUGAAAGAAAAGCAACAAAAACACUCUUUAAAUGUCCAACUGAAAAAUUCCCAAAGGCAAAAAAACCCCACAAGAAGCAAAGAAACAAAAAUAACUGGGGAGACAGGCAUAUGCACACACUGACAAACAUGAAAUGAACCAACAAGGACAGAGGGGAAGACAGAGACUCUAUACACACUGGGAAACGAGCAACAGGUGAGGCAAACGAGCAACAGGUGAGGCAAACGAGACACAGGUGAAACUUAUGGGUGAUUAACGAAGGAGGGAAAACUAGGGAAGUAAAACCAGACUAGAAACACAGGGAUUCAACUACUACUAAAUAAAACAGGAAGCACUGAAAACAGAUAUAAAGAAUGAAACUCAGAGAACAGGAGGGAAAUUGGGUCAAACACAAACUGAAAACUCACAAGACAAGACUCCAGGGGAACAGGAACACUAGGGAGCAGGAACACUAGGAAAAACACAAAGAAAAUACACUCAAAUCACAAAACCAGGGAAAAACCAAAUCAACCAAACAAAUCAGGACAACAGGUCCUUAUUACAAGGGCGGAACUGUCCAGCAUCUAUCCAACUCAUACUACCCCACUUAAAAAAAUACCAAAAUGUCCCUUUAAUAUUAUCAUCUUCCUACUGUAGAGUUUUUUUUCUCUUUUUCCAUGUGAUUUAUGGAAGAAAUAAAAGAAAAUUGUUAUUCCUUGUUCUUUAGGAAGAGAUGCAGGAUAAAAUUAAACUAAGUCUGACUAUGAGGUUGGUUCAUAGCUCACUUGUCUUUUUAAGAGUUUUAAAUUUAAAAGAAGUUAAAUGAACUUAAAACUGUCACUUAAUAUGUAUAAAAAUGUCUGAUUUCUCUUUCUCUUUUUUCCUCAGUAUGGAGGAGCAGGACUUGUCUCGCACAGAGUUCGACUCAUGUGAUCAGUACUCCAUGGCUGCUGAGAAAGACUCGGGACGCUCUGACGUGUCUGACAUCGGCUCUGAUAACGUCUCCCUGGCUGAUGAAGAGCAGCAGACCCCUCGUGACUGCCUGGGCCACCGCUCCCUACGCACCGCCGCACUGUCACUCAAACUGCUCCGUAACCAAGAGGCCGACCAACAGAGUGCCCGGCUGUUUGUCCAGUCACUCGCCACUCUGCUGCCUCGGCUGUUGGGAUUGGCCACCUCCACUGAGGUGGACUUGUCUCUGCAGAACUUCUCCUCCACCUUCUGCUCUGGCCUGCAGGCUGGUAAGAGAGAGAGGGAGGGUGGGAAGGACUUAGAGUUAUUGAUGUAGAGCUUUGUCUCCCCGCCUGAAAAGAGCUCUAUGAUUUUCAGCAGCAUGCGUGUCUGUGUGUGAGUGUAAUGUUAGCCCAACAAACAUGGGAUAUUUGCUGAGGGUGGAGAUCUAUGUAGCAGCCUGCAAAGUCUGCUGCUGCUGCUGUUUGAACCUCAAAUGAGACAUCGAGUGUUUGAAGAGGAGUGGUUGGAAUAAGUCAGUCUGUAGUGUCUUAAAAUCAGUUUUAAAUGUAAGGGAGUGGAGAGUCAGUCUGUAUCAGACUUAUCUGAUGCUAUCUGUUCAAACUUUGGGGAAAUCAAAUCUAAUAUUGAUUUCUCUGUUGGCAUUGCAAUCUCUUUAGCAAUUUGUUGCUCUGUGUCAAUAAUUUUAAAGCGAAACAUCAAACAUUUAUUACAAAACAUCCAGCUCGAGCUCAAGGUUAGGAAGGUUGCUAGCACUGGAACUAGAUAGGCCUGUUGGUAAAUGUUUGCCAACAAUGAAGAAAAACAUGUGCGCUCUUUCAUGAGCUUUCUGAACUCAUUUCUGUUCUGAUUCACACCUUUUACUCACUUCUUCUCCACAGCAACAUAAGUUGAGGGUUCAUAGCUUUGUCGUUUUUAUGCUAUGCUAAAAGUCACAGCAACAUUGGUAAUCUUAUGGGAAAAACCUGACCCAUUUAUGUUUGUAUCACAGAAGCAUUUAUCUCAACUACGUUUUCAUUUUUUGUGGAAAAAGUCGUGCUGAUACAGAUCUUUUAUUAGGCUGUUCCUUUGUUUAGUUGCUGCUGAUAUGAAUCUAUUUUCCUGGUUGGAAAUGUGCCCAAAGACUCUAAGACACAUACUCUGUCUGUGUUUAUACUGCUCUCUUUUUUCACUCCAUUUAUUUCAAGCAGAAACAGUUUAACAAACGUUUUGCCUCGGAGGUAUGAACCAUAAUCCAUCAGUGAAAACAGUGAGCCUGCUGAGAGUUUCUACAUCUGCAGAGCAAAAUUACCAAUCAAAUUAAACUCUGUGCUGAAGUGACUUCAUGAAUUUUGUUCAAGGCUGUGAAUCCCCAGAGUGAUUUUCUAACACUUGACUUCAUCAGCGAGCAGAUUAUAUCUCUCUGCCUCCUCUCACCUUCACACUCACUGCCUCUGUCCUCUUUCUCUUCACCUGUCUUUUUUCUUCUUUUGUUUCUUCUGUCUCCUAUUUGUCUCUCUGCCUUUCUUUCACCUCCUUUUAUCUUUCACUCUUUUUCAUUCCUGUCUUUCCUUUGACACUCACUACCAAAAUGUCUGUAUUUUACCACCCACUCUUUAUCCUCGCUGUUCCUUUCUCACUCUCAAUCAACGCUCUAUCCCUUUCUCGCUCUCAGGUAUUAUCACCUCUUAUAACCAGCUGAGAUUUAGGGAGCAUGAGAAGAGGCCCUGCUAGAGAAGCCUUAGACUGUGGUCAGGCUCACAGGGAGUUAGCAGAUCACAGAUAAAGGUUGGAGCCUUUAAAGCCUUUUAUGUAACAAUAACCUAAAUGUAAUAAAAAAAAAAAUCUAAUAAAACCUGUAAUUUAACAACUGGUUAAUAAUGUAACAAGAUGCUGAGCCCAAAAUGAAAUUACUUUUUGGCUGAAACGUAGAGAAUUGUUACAUUUUGGGUUUUAUUACUACAUUUCGGGUCAUUGUAACACAUCGGGCUCUAACAUGGCUCCAAAAAAGCAGUAACAUUUGAAAUCUAUCUUAAAACUCACAGGUAGCCAGUAGGAAUGGGCGAUAAAUGCCAAAUAAUUAUCACGAUAAAAUUUGCCAUUCUGACGAUAACGAUAAAUGUCCCGAUAAAAAAUAUUAUAAUUCCAAUCUAUAUUUUUGACUCAUUUUGUCUUGAGAACACAAGACAAAAUCUCUCAUGUGGAGCCUCGUUCAGUGACGAGCUUCUUAGAGCUUCUUCUUCAUUACCUUCGGCCAUGUUUGUUUGUUAUUCUGCUCUGUGUGGGCUAUGGCUGCGAGUCCAUCACUCGCGCUUACGUCAUCAACUUGCAUUUAUCUUAUAUAUCCUAAGAUGGCAAAUAUUUAUCAUGGAGGAUUUUUCUGAUGAUAUAUUGUGAGCGAUAAUUUAUUGCCCAUCCCUAGUAGCCAGUAAAGGGUUUCAAGUACUGGUGCGAUAUGGUCGCGUCUUUCAUAUCACUGCUGCCGGGUAAAAAUCUUCUACCACCCAAUUUUUCUGAGGCAUCAAGCACUGUGUUUUGAAAACCACUUAGCACCUUGUGAAAUUCAGUCAUAAUAUUUUUAACACACAAAUCUUUGGUAUUUCACUGACAGAUGUUAAAAAAAAUGAUAUAUCAAGGCUAUGGUAGGCCUGUGACUAUUCUGUCUUCAAGAUGAACUGUUUAUGUUUUCAUUCAAUUAAAUCUGUUGGCUUUAGUGGAUUUGAUUCAUCUUUCUGGUUAAGAAAGGCUCUUACCUUCGUUAGUGAAGACUGCCUUUGAGGGGAUUUUCUCUGUAUUAAACUUUGACACUUAUAAUCGGGAUCCAAGCCCCUUUAUUGCAAAAAUCAGCUCUUUCAGCAAGCAUAUCCAUUUGCCUAAUGCUGCAUAUUAGAGCACAUUUUUCAUGCUGUGAGAAGAAUCAGUCCACCAGUACAAUCAGAACUGUUUUACUGCUAUCUGUAAUUUAGACUCCAAAAUAUAAAAAGGGAAGGUCCAAACCAAAAAAAAGUUUCUGAAAGUACCCUCAAAAGGAAGGUUUUCACAAUAAAAAAAUCUGGUCCUUUGUCUCUGCAGGUGGGAUCCACUCUCCUGGUUUUGAGGCGGGCGACACUCUGAGCUGUCAGUCUCUGAUGAACGCAGAUGGCCUGUACCUUGUGUCGUAUUACGCUCUACUGCUCAAUCUCAAACUUUGCUGCAGUGACUACUACAGACGACGGACGCUCACACCUGUCCUCAGUCUGGUAAGACAUGUGCUCAACCCCCAACAUGUUUCGACUGUGUGAAUUUAAAACAUAAAGAUGAAGGUUGUAAAACGCAGGCAAAGCUAUGAUGGGGUUUCUUCAUGUCUCUUCCUAUCUUGAUUUGUGGUCCUGAAAUGAUGAAGUGGGUUUAAAGUAGAGGUUUCUAAAUCACGAGGGUAAACAGAGAACAUAAUCAGGACUAGCUUAAGACUGUUUGUAAGUUUAGAUUUAACACAAUAGAUUGAUGGAUUAGAGUUUAAUGUCUGGUUUGUGUGCUUUCACAGAAGGAUUUUGUGCGUCUGAUCCAGAGCAGUGGGGUCCUUGUGGUUCUGUCUCAAGCCUGGAUUGAGGAGCUGUACCACCAGGUGCUAGAGCGAAACCUACUGGGAGAGGCCGGGUUCUGGGGCUCACCCGAGGAUCACAUGUUACCACUCAUCACCAUGCUGACAGGUACACAGAGCACACAGACACUAAGAUAUCCACACUGUCUGCACUUAACUUUUAUACUGGGAGUUGUGGUGUUUCUCAAAUUACUAACAUGUACACUUCUCUGCAUGUAAAACUGACUGAAAUCAAUCCCUUCAACAUGUACCAAUUAACCCUGGGCAACACAUUUCCUGGUUGACUGAAUAUCAUAAAUCAUGAACAGCACACAUCCUCAAGUGUGAUCAUUUCUUUGUCUUCUUCUUUUUCCCUUCUGUCCUUGCCUCUUCCUGUCCCCUCUCCUCUCAGAUAUCGAUGGUCUGGGCAGUAGUGCAAUUGGAGGUCAGCUGAUCAGGCGGGCUUCCAGCAAAUCCCCACUCAGCUGUCCCAAGGCUGUCAGUGACUCGGUGAUGGCAGGUAAACUACCAUUAGCAUAAACCUUUUCCAAAGCCUUCACCAUGUGAUGGACGGAUUGGUUGAUUGAUGUGAGUUAUUUAGUAGUGUGACUUCAGCUGUGAGAAGACUGACAGUUCAGUUUUAUUGCUUAUUAUUUUUUUUCCCCUGAGCCUCUAAAUCAGCCCAGUUUGACUAAAUACGGUUCAUUCACCCUGAAACUGCUGCACAACAGCUGCUGUGUUACUCACUUGAAAAAUGGGAAAGGCCACAACCUUGUGUUUAGUUUUGUGGUGCUCAAAAGCUUCAGGACACACUGUGGCAAGGUCAUAACAAGUGACAUGACGGAUAUUGGGGUGUUUUAUAAUCUGCUGCAUGCAGGUCUGUAAGAGAGGUGCAGUAUUUCUGCUUGUUACAUCAUGAAACACCAAUGAAAAAAUACUCUAAAGCUAAAAAUAUAUAUAGUGACAGUUAUGCAGAAGUUCAUGAGGAGCAAGAUCGGUUUAUCAAAUGAACUUUUCUUUAUAUUCAGACCUCAAUAUGUUUAUUCUUAUCAAAAUAAACAAAAUAAACAAUCCAAACAAAUAAUCUCUGCCACAAAACAAGAAAAUAUUCCCAGACUGAAAUCUGUUUACAUAAUUUGUCCAGCAGAGUACGUAAAGGGGUAUUCCAACAUAAAUUUAAGUUGUGGUCAAACACACCGUAACAUCGAGUUAGACACCCCCUCAAGAGAUGAGUGUUGCCGACUGCUUGCUUCUUGGAGUUUCGCAGCUCAAGGAAGAACACUUAUGUUUAUUACUUCAUGGAAAUGCAAUCGGGCCGAGAAACUAAGGCAAUAGAAGUACUGCGUCUGCAGUGCAAAAUGAUUAAUAUGAUGAUUAUUACUUCAUGGAAUUGAGACACUGCGCUCAGUGAUCGACUCGUCAGGGCUUCCCCUCAAACAAGUGGCUGCUGGAGGAGAGUGGGUGAGUUGUGUUUGGUCUCUUUGCUAAAGAAACCAGGCAAAGCUGAAAAGAUGUUUGAUGGCUACUACUAUGGCUGGGACCCUAUAUGUACUGUUGAUAAAGUUAGGUGCUGUUCUGAGCAUUAUUUGUGGCUAUAGAGUGGCUUUUUGGUUGAGCUUUGUGCGUGGAUCCAUAAACCGCUGUGUAUCACUAUUGUACGGUCAUUACAGAAGUUGGUAUAACUAGAGAAGCAAGCAGUCAGCAACAUUCAUCUCUCAAGGGGGUGUCUAACUCAGUGUUAAGGUGUGUUUGACCCUAACUUAAAUUUACGCCGGAAUAUCCCUUUAAGGGUCUGGAUUUCAGCAAAGAAAAUAUUCUAGUUUGACUGAGUAUUACUAGUGUGGUUAGUUCUGGCAUGUCAUAUAUCAGUGGAGUUCAGUGUGUUGAGGAAAAACUGCCUGUUUUGAGGGAAAAAGCAGGUAGGACGCAGUCCACCAUAAUGACACCCCAGCUCCCAUUGGUCAUGGACCGUUGAACUGAGAGGUAUCUGAAUGGGCUUUAAUCAGGGGGAUGUUAUAAACCUUGAGAUGUCUGCCUUUAUUUUGCAACAUAAUGCAUGCAAACGCAAGUCUUAUUGACUGAAUAAACCUCACCUGCUGAGUUGUUUUACUGAAAAUUUCUACUUCCAGAGUGACGACACCUUGUGUUGUUCCAAUUAUACUCAACCUUUGAAAUCAUUGGCUGGAAAUGAUAACAAAAAAAUGACGAUAGGUGCUUUGACCAAAAUGUUACAAACAAAUGAUAAGUCAUCACUUUAUCUUUAAAAAAAAUGUCACUGUGAAAGAAUAAUGGCUGAACAGCAAGAGAAAGAUAAAGGGAAGGAAAAACAUCAGACUCCAGGGAAAAAGGUGAAAAUGAGCAGGAGAGGGCAGACGAUUGGAAAAAAUGAGCCAGGGACCACCUGCUUACCUUCUGCCUCCCCAAGAGGACAACGGACAGGCCAGAAUUUCCAUGGUAACCGCUGAGUCACCCAAGUUGAGAGUUUUACGCAGUUAAUACGUGUGUGUGUGUGUGUGUGUGUGCAUGUACAGAACUGAAGCUCCUGUUUGUCUUGUCAGCAUCAUUAGUCUCUGUACCAUCUGCUGUGGUAAAGACGCAGUACCAGACUGAAACUCUUACCUUUCAGUAUCCAUGUGGAAAAGAGUGUGUCUGGCCUAUGCCGUCUCCAUGUUAUCCUGUUGAAUCACUUAGAGAAGCCUCAAAGGGGAUGUCAAAAUAUCACCAGCCCUAUCACUGUAUGUCUCAGGUCCUUAAUGACCAACAGAUACAUGUAAGUGUGAAAAAAAGGACUUCACUGCUAGGAGUUGUUAGUCUACAUCUUUGAUCAGUAUGUAAAGUAUGUUUGUUUUAUUUUGCACCAUUUGUGUUUAAAUUGGACAUUUGGGUCCAACAAAAGAUUUACGUCAUUGAAAAGAACACAAAAAUGGACAAUGAAGGCACCAGUAGACAAGCAAGGUGAAGUAACUGUCACUGUAAGGGUGGGGUGUAAUUGCCAUAAAGAGAAACAGACAAACAGAAACCGCUGUUUGAUGUAACAAAAACAUCAUCAAAAACUAAAUUAUUUAAAAAAAAAAAAAACUGGCCCCAGGUUUAAAAUGACUCGACUCCUCCUGUCCUGAUUUAUUCUUUCUCUCCUCUCUCCUGUGAUUUUGAGUGUGUUUAUCAACCCCUGUGUUCUCUCCUGUCAUGCUUUCCACUUUUAUCAUCACUGGACUUUGCUGCCAAAGACAGUAAUUCUGACUCAGAUGCGGUUGCUUGUCUUGUUCUUUCUUCUCCUCAACAUUCUCUUUUUGGGCUGGUUGUUUUCAGGUGCUGUUUUCUCCCGUUUCAUUCUCACCGGAGUGUGGAAGAACCUGAUUGAUGUUCUGUCCACACCGCUGACGGGCCGCAUGGCAGGAAGCUCAAAGGGCCUGGCCUUCAUCCUGGGAGCGGAGGGUGUCAAAGAGCAAAGUCAGAGGGAGAGAGACACCAUCUGUCUGAGUUUAGAUGGACUACGAAAAGCCGCUGCGCUCAGCUGCGCUUUGGGUGGGUAAAACAUAUGACCAAUGUGUUUGUGCUAACAAGAAAACUGAGAGACAUCGCUCAUCCUGUGUUUCUCUACUAGCUCAGAGAGGUUUGAGGUCAGGGCCAGAUACUCAGCAGCAGCUCUAAAACUGGAACCAAUUCAAGUCUGAACUGGAUUAGAGGCUUGUGUGGUUUUCUCUUGAGGAUUUUAUUCUAAUAUCAUGUGGUAUAGCAGCAAACGGGGAAAACAUAAUACAAAUACUUUCCAAUUCAUAUCAAUGUGUUUUUAGUUUGGCAGCUUAAGGAAUUGAAGCAUCAAAUGUUGAGCAUAAUAUUGGCCGUAUAUAUUUUUAGUUCUUUUGUUUGUUGACCUUUAAUAGCUGCUAACUGUGCCACAAACUGUGAUUUGGGGACAUUUCUGUCACUUUUCUUGUUGUAUUGUUUGGAUUGGAGGGAUCAGUACUAAUCCCUGGACUGUGUUUCAUACUAAGUAUUUCACAGCCUCCUGACACUGUGCUCAUUUAGUUGUUUGGUACAUGACCCACUGCCCUCUUGCAUGUUUUGUAAUCUGUUAAAUAACCAGCAGCUACUGUUACACAAAGAAAACAUCAGACACUGAUCAAAUUUGUUUAAAGUCAGCAUAUAAAAGUAAUCAGCGCCAGGCUAGAUGGGAUCCCUGUUUUAUGUCCUCUGUCAAGAGUACAAAUGGAAAUGUUAGUACAAUGUGCAGAAUAUUAGCAAUAAAGCUAUUUAAGUGCAGUGAGAAAUAAGCUAUGUACAAGCACAGAGAGUAGGAUGUCAUGUGUAUUAUACUAGUUUGCAGCCUUGCACUGUAGGAUAUUGCACUGUGCAGCUUAAUUAACAACAGAGCUAGAGGCCAGGACAUGUCAUUUAACUGGUUCCUGUAUGACACACCAUGAUAUGAUUCUGCAAGAUACCAUAAGGAGGUAUGUCAAAAAAAGGACACAACACAACAUGACUUUUCUUGGAGACUCCAAAAAAGGCAAUUGGACUGUAGUCCAGUUGCCUUUUUUGGAGUCUUCAAGAAAACCAUGACCUGGAUGAUUGAGAAUCUACAUGGACAACACAACAUGAUACUAAUGACGAUACUGGGCAUUAAAGUCAUCAGCUACUGUUUAAAGUCACAUACAUACAUGCUAUAUAGGUACGACCACAAAUGCUGUGAUGACAGCUUUGAAAAAAAAGCAUGUUGCCAACACUGCAGUGAUAAAUGAAGCCAAUGAACCACAGUGGGAUGCAGCAAGCCACGUGAUGCAGUGCACAUCUCAAAUCAAAAUGAAUAGGCUGCCACCAACAAAACUGAAAGACUAUGAAAUACUGCAGCUAUAUGACAAACCUCUGUCCACAUAUGACAAGACACUAUUCUUAUUAGCUUAGCUGCCAGCAACAGCAGGUAGGUCUGGCAACACGUAGCCAGUGCAUGUUAACCUACAAUUAAUGAAACUUUCAAUUCAUGUCUCCCUCAACUUCUCAAUAGGCUCAAAAGAUCACUAAAGCUGUGCACUUUAAGCGCUGUGAUCAUCUACCCUGUUGCUGUUUGAAGUUAAAAAGAAGUUCUGAUUUCAUUAGCUCAAAGUAAGGCUGGGGGAUAUGGCCUCACACAAUAUCACGAUAUAUUGAGCAGUUCACCUCUAUAAUGAUAAAUGGAUGAUAGCUACUCCACAAGCUGCUCACCCCCCCCACAUUAACUUUGUCUACCUCAGCCGCCGCUCCAGCCGCUACAACUUUUGAUCCGUCCUCCAUCUCCUCACCUGUCUUUCCCUCUUUGUUACGGACUGGAUGGGGUAGAGUCACAUCUCUGACGUAGGCCAGUGUCUUAAAGGGACAUGAGAUCAUGGCCUACCUACACAAAUCCAAAACCAAUGUUUAUUUAUUUAUUUAUUUAUUUGACACCAAAUAUACUGAUAUAGGCAAAAUGACGCUGGUUACUGUUGUAAGUUUUGGUAUUGGUAAAUUUUGGGUUUAUCGCCCAACCCUAAUUCAAAAUCAAUGUGUAUUGUGAUAAGCACCGUGUCAUGUCGCAUAUCUGUGUCAGAAUAUAAAUCAUAUUGUUCAUUUUGUUUUUUAUUGUAUCAUAUUGUAUCGUAGCUGAGCAAAGGGAGGAACGCCUGCACACUAGUUUACAUGCUCCAAACACACUUUUAUUAUUUCAAGGCAACAGACUGCAACGUCUCGACACAAUGGUGUCUUCUUCAGGCAGAGAUGGAUGCAGUCUGUUGCUUUGAUAUAAUAAAAGUGUGUUUGGCGCAUGUAAACUAGUGUGCGGGCGUUCCUCCCUUUGCUCAGCACUGAUACCUUGAUGCCCAGCACCUGACCUGAAUUUAGGUUUGAGAUGUGCACACAAUCCAUCCGUUUUUGAACUAUCAUAUUGUAUCGUACGGUUAGGCCAGCCCUAGUAAACAGGUUUGGUUUAUGAUGUUGCUGGGCAGAAAUGCUCAAGGAGGAACAUGGUGUUCUUUCUACCCUCAGUGCAUUUCACAUUAUUCUCACUGAUCACUUGUAAAAAAAGUGACAGCUGUAAGCUUAGUAAUAACCUCAACCUGUUGAGACAUUCUGAGACUCAACAGGAGGAAUGAGUGAAGGUUUUCAUAAAGACUUUUACCUACUAAUAUUUUAUGAGAAUAUCAGGGGAAAUACAUUUUUAUUAUCCCCCUAUUCAAGAAAUCUGAAUGUAUGAGUAUGUAACAGUUACUGGCACAGCUGAAUGGCCAUCAGGGGAUGAAACCUGAUUGAAAUUAUCAGCACAGAAACACCCAUGAAUAUGAAUGAACACAUGGUGUGUGUAACCUCAGCUGUGGGGUUUGGGUGCCAUUUGGGGAGGGAAGGUGCACUUUUUACUGCCAGUUUAACUCUUAAUGCACCCAAAGGAGAAGACACCUGAACUGCUUGUAUGAAAUCCGGAAAAUUUUGACCUUUAAAAGUCAAGGUCACGUUUUAACUGUAUGGAAAUUAAGUUUUUUACUAUCAGAGAAUAAUGGAGGACUAAACUCUAGUCUUCAUACUGUGUGUGUGUGUGUGUGUGUGUGCGUGCAUGUGCGUGUGCAUAUGCGCGCAUGGUCAUCAGGUGUGGCUGCCAACUGUGCGUCAGCUUUGGCCCAGAUGGCUGCAGCCUCCUGUGUGCAGGAAGAGAAGGAGGAGAAGGAGGUGUACGAGAUGGGAGACACCAUUACACAAGGUACUCAAAGAAAACACUGUUUUAAUCUGUGUCCACAGAUAUAAAAACUUUCCAUCAGUGAUGAAGACAAGGAAGUCUGUGUUCAAUAGAGCAAUACAAAAACACACUCAACAAAACUGUAUACAUUAUUUGAGUAAAAAUCCUUGUCUUUUCCCAAAUCAUCACCCUGGUAAAAUUCAAAAGAAGAGACCAGUUUAUCAUAUCAGCACCACUUUGUUGCAGAUAAAAUACAUUUGCAAGGUGCUGGACAUGGUAAACAACUCUUGUCCUUUAUGGUUUUAAAAUUUUGAAUGACGAUAAAGUGGACCUUCCCACUUUCACUCUUUCUCUGUAAUAAUAUCUCCACCCACAGAUGCCCACAGUUGAAAGUCUGAUCCAAAAUUUGUUGUUUGGUGACAGUAGUGAUAAGAAAUGCAAUCAUAGGUUACCUCUACAGCCAGUAAUCAGUGACAAACAAAGGGGUUAUUGAAAGUUGUCAACAACUUUUUUAUUUAUUUAUUUUUUUGUGGAGUGUGUGGUAAAUAAGUCCUUUUUAUUAGGGCUGUCAAAAUGAUGGAUUUCCACCUCACACCACAGUAAUGACACGACCUCAAUAUUGAGAAAAAAAUAAAAAUUAAACACAAUCAGUCCAUUUAGGGAAAGGCAAGACAGAGGUGGAGUAACACAUUUUUCCCUAAAACUUGAAUAAUAAACACAAUGAACUUAAAUGUCAACACCCUUUUCAUCAUUUGUUCACCAGGCCUGUGCCUUCAACUGGAGACGACAUGUCCGCCCUCAUAAAAGGAAUAUUUGUCAUGCUUUUAUUUUGAUAUUUUUCCUGCCUUCUUUUUAGGUUACUUUAUUUCCUGCGUUGUAACUCUGUGCUUUUAUUUUGAAGUUCACUACUUCUAGUAAAUCAUAAGUAAAACUGGAUGAAAACAAUCAGGAACAGUUAGACAGUAAAAAUGUUUUAUUGAUGAGUUACCCAAAGAGGCACAGGCUCUGAUGUUGCUCCUGGAUUGACAGUAAAUCUCUGAAUAUCAGUUUUGAAAAGUGUCUUAAUUGUCUCUCAGAGGGGCUGCUCAAGCUAGCUUGCUUCUUCAUCUGUCCUCCACUUUGUGAGGUGUGGCAACCUGCAUAAAGGACCACGACCAUAAACUCAUGAUAUUAGUGUAUGCUUAUUUUCGGCAUAAUAUCUAUGUUUUUUCCUUGACAAGACUUUGGUGUAUUUAGGCAUAAUUGCAGUGGCACGCCCUAUUUUGUAAAUAGCUUUUUUUUAUGGCUUCAAAACAUGGGCAUUAAAGCAUAGUGGUAAACUAAACUAAAACUAACCAAACAUAGUGGUAUACUCUCUUUAUAAUUUAAAAAUGAAGUUCUGUCAGUCUAGUUGGUCUGAAGUAUUUGAGUGUUUCUGUGAAGUCGUUUCCUUUGUGUGCAGUGAAACAGCGUGUUGAGCAGCGUCUGGAGCAGAUCGCUCGUCCUCAGGGAGUUCGGCUACACACUGCACAUGUGCUGUGUAUGGACGCCAUUCUGAACGUAGGACUGGAAAUGGGCAGUCACAACCUUGACUGCUGGCCACAUGUCUUCAGGUACACACCUGUACUCAUUUGCACUCACCUGUAUUGACUUUUGCUGUACUUUUUUUCAUUAUUUGUGUGACUUAGAUUUUAAUUGUGGUUUUUAGCUCACGAGAUUUUUAUUGACACAAAAAACAGGCAAUUAGGGUAAUAUUUCCAUCGUUUUCAAAUACAAGUUUGUGUUUUUCAACUGUUACACUUCUAACACAGUUUCUAGUCAGUGUAAAAAUAAAGUUUAUUUGUCCUCCUCUUUCAGGGUCACAGAGUACAUAAGUUCACUGGAGCACACCCACUUCAGUGACGGCUCCUCACAGCCAUCCAAUCUGACCACCAUCACCCAGCAAAGCCAGCAGGCAGCGGGCGUAGAUAUGGGGUUGGAGCUGAGCUGCGAGCCCAGCCAGGACUCCCCUGAAUUGACUCUGAGCCAGCCCGUCAUCCAGCCUCUGUCCAUCCAGGAGCUUCUGAGGGAGAGCAGCAGAGGGGGCCGAGGUCUGGACCUGAAGACCGGCAGCCUGAUGACUGGAACCAGUGCUGCCAAAGCUGUGUGCACACUGUCAACACAGGCCGACAGGUGGGUCAUAGACGUUACAAUAUAUUGAAUCCCAAUGUCGUCACAAUAGCAUUACUUUUUUUGAAGAUUGCUUCCCUAAAUUGUCUGUUUAUGGUGCGAUUAUUAACCUCAACCUGUUAGAUUUUUUUAAUUUUGGGGAUUGUUCCUCCUGCAAAAGUACGUAGUAUGACAUAGUAAGUGUGGAGUGGGAUCAGAACAACAGCUUAAAUAUCCUACAUUAAGCAAAGCCAUCUCCAUGUGUUUCAGAUCAUUCAGUUGUUAUAAAAAAGAAUUAAUGACAGGAAAAUACUCAUAAUAGAUGUGUGUAUAUGAAAUAUGACAGCUGCUCGUCCUUUCAGUCCAGGAGAUCUCAGUAACAUUCGUCUAAGAAAAACUUUGUUGCGCCUUUUUUACAACUUGUUAAACAACCAACAUGAUGAUGACUCCUGAUAAUUGUAUCUGCCAAAAGCUAAUUAUACUGACAUUUGGUGCUCAGCAGAGGGUACUGUUGUGCAGAGGACCAGCACUUUUUACAACAGCCACAGGAUGGCAGUAGCAGCCCUAAAAAAACAGCAGUAGAAUGUGCUUGUGCUCCUGUUUAUGGGUCAAUUUGUGUCAUAGUCUAAAUACAUAAAGACAGCUUGCGAGGCUCAAGAGUUGUGCUCAUGUUGAGGGUUACAUUUUUGAAUGAGCAUCCUCACAACAAAAAGUGUUUAAAAAAGUGUUUACACUAGUUUGUGUGUGUAGAGCUUUACUGUGCAUUCAAGUGCCAGACAGACAAAUGUAUGGUUUUUAGUAUGCAUGCAAAUGGCUCUGCAUACUUAAAGACAGAUAGACACACUAAUACACUCCCUGUAAGCAGUUAAUAUGAAGUGUGUGCAUGUGUGUGUUUCCAUUCCAAGGAUCAUCUCUUAUAUAACUGGUUAUCUAGGCUGCUGCUUUUAGAAGUGAAUAAAAAAAAUGUGCUCACUGAUCCUCUGGAACAGAUGGACUGAACACAUUUACAAGCUGAAAUUAGAGCCAAAACCUUGUAAAUACCCCUCAGCACAACCACAGGACCGUGUGAAAAACGUUGCACUCUAAGGGCAGCUUUCCCUCACUUUGCCUCUGCAUUUUAACACUUAACUUCUGUAACUGAAUAUCUGUUAUUGUGUUUGUAUUAAUUUUUUAUCUAAACUUGAGAACAUUUUCACCUUACCUCCAUGUAGAUGUUGUCAAAGAAGUUCUUUGUGUGAUUUUAUUCAGGUUUACUUUUCUGCAGGGAGAAUUCAUUGCAUAUCACAUUGGCAAGCCCCGUUCACAUAGGCUGCAGAGAAAACCACUUUACCUUGUUGUCCUCAUCAGAAGGAACUUUUCCCCACAUCUUAUUAAGACAAAACUACAAAACAAUGGGAUGUGUUUAAAACAAGAUGAGAGCUUCAUUUCCAAAAUAUUCUAUUGAUAGUGAAAUUUUGAGAGAAUUGACUUAAGAGAAGAUUAAACAUAAGACAAAACAUUGCACACUGUUAGAUUAGUUAAGGAAAUUAAACAUAGUUUAGCAGUAGUCACAAGCUAUAGCUGGUAAUAUGUUGUAAAAACUUUAUUGUUGUUACAAAGUUAACACGAUACAGUGAGUAUGCAAGUUUUGAGAAAUCUUAGUAAAAAGUUAGAAGGUUAGAUGCUGAUGUUAACAUGCUAUUAUAGAACCUUCUUUUGUUUAUUUUUUUGUGCGUGUGUGCAUGCGUGCGUGUGUUUUAGGUUGUUUGAAGAAGCAGCUACCAAGCUGAACCUGGUCGGACUGGUCGGUUUCUUACAGCAGCUCAGGAAAGCAUCCCAGUGCCAGCUGUUUGACUCGGUGACUGAGACUGGAGACUACUCUCUGGCAAUGCCAGGUACUCACGUACAGACACACAAACACAUUCACACACACAAAUUACACACACAGGUACACACCUAUUUGUUUUUGCUCUGGUGAGUACUUAAAAGUGAAUGUCUUGUUCUCAGUUCUUAUGAUGAAGUUCAGUCAUGCAAAAUAAUCUCUACAUUGCUAUGGUUUUAAUAAUUACAUAAUCUACAUUUGACAAAUACAAUUUGCUGGUUGAAAUAAUGAUUGCUACAUCACAGCAGUCUAACCUUGUGUGUUAAUUUAAGCUUCGGCCCCAUAAAAAAGACCAUGGAAUCGUGGUUUAUAACCUUUUAUUCUUGGAGCCUCAUGGAAAAUGUCAUUCUGUCAAAAAAAUACCACCAUUGUAAUGUUCUUACCUGAGGAAGUAAAAAAGGAAUAAUUAUUAAGUUUUACAACUUUAUCCAAAUAAAAUAUAAAUAUAAAAUAAAAUGAAAUAUACAAAAUAUCUAGUAAUUGUGUUGUAAUAGUUUUGUUUUGAUAUAUGUGCAAAUUUAAUUCAGAUAACUGAAGAGCACACAAAGCAAAGGAAAGUUUGAUAAGUUUUAAUUAACUAAGGAUGAUAAUAUUCAAUCAGGACAUUAUUAUAUCCCAGUUGAUUUUUUUUAUUAUUUUAAUUUUCUUGUUAUUCUUAUCAAAAAAAUUAUUUUGUUUUUACAGGAGAGGCGAAGUCAACCCUGGAUCGACGCAGUGCUCUACAUCUCUUUCGCCUGGGCGAGGCGAUGCUACGAAUCGUCAGGAACAAGAACCGGCCUCUCCUGCACAUGAUGAGGGCCUGGAGUGUGGUGGCCCCUCAUUUAGUGGAGGUAAAAUAACUUUUAAUUUCUAUUAAAAUCCAAACAAGAACAAGUAUGCAAAGGUUUCAUCACUGAUCAGAUGUCUUUUCCUGUAUAAGGAGAGCACAAAUACACUGUACUUUAAAUAUAUAGUUUUAUAUGGAUUAAGUUUUCUAACCCUAAAUGAAACACUCUUCUACGUCGGACCCUAUAGUCAUCUACUGGUUGUGAAUGACUACCAUAACACCAUCAGUUGUUCAAGUUUCAUCCAAAUUCUCCUGAGUGCAAUUAUGACCCUGCAUUUAAAUCAGUUAGGUUCAGAUAUACAAAGUAGUAUGGAAACCAUUUCAGCUCAACUAGUUCUGUUUGUUUUGCUCAUUUUCUUUUUCCUGGUCAUUUUUAAUAUUUAGAGCUUCCUCUUUUGUCUGAUUAAUCACUUUAAAAGACCAAAAAGUUGUAAAAUACAGCAACAACUACAAUUCAAACAGAAACUGAAUGUUGAAACUGUGAAACCAAGCUAAUUGUCUCCUUCCCACAGGCGGCAUGUCACAAAGAGCGCCACGUUUCCCAGAAGGCCGUUUCCUUCAUCCAUGAUGUUCUGACGGAGGUGCUGACGAGCUGGGCGGAGCUUCCUCACUUUCACUUUAAUGAAGCGCUGUUCAGGCCCUUUGAGCACAUCAUGCAGCUGGAACUCUGUGACGAGGACGUGCAAGACCAGGUUUUUCUUUGGCCACAUCAGAUACAAUAAAUCUGACACACUUUGAUUUUCCACACAGAUCAGGAAAUGUUUUUUUUCCCCCUCCCUGCAGGUGAUCACAUCGAUAGGUGAGCUGGUGGAGAUGUGCUCCCCUCAGAUCUUGUCUGGGUGGAGACCUCUGUUCAGCGCUCUGAGGACAGUCCAUGGAAGCAAGACGGACACCAAAGACUAUCUGCUGGGGGAAUACUCUAUGGGUACAUUUAUCAUCUGAAACAAACAUCCAAAUUUUGCUUCUGUUGUUUUCUUAUUUCAACUUUAUCCAACUUUCAUGCUUUGAUUCUUCUUUGUCCCAUCGGUGGCUCCCUCCUCCCCUUUCUUCCUCAUCCCUUCCUCCAUUCCUUUCCCUUCUGUAGGAAAGUCCCAGGCUCCAGUAUUUGAUGUUUUCGAGGCUUUCAUCAACACUGACAACAUUCAGGUUUUUGCCAAUGCUGCCACCGACUACAUCAUGUGUCUCAUGAAGUUCAUCAAAGGCUUAGGUUUGUCUAACUCUACAUUCUGUUUUUUCAGUUUGAGGAAUAACUUUGACAGCUUUUAGGGAUUUAUUUCUCCUUGGAUCUUGCAGUAGACUUUGUGUGAUUGAAGAUGUACAGGUGGGGAGAGGAUUUUUGUGUUUGUUACUAAAAAUUGUGUGUGUGUGUGUGAUUGUGUUUGUGUGCACGCUCACAGGAGAGGUGGACUAUAAGGAGAUAGGAGACUGCAACCAUGCGUCAGGUUACAGCUCCACUGACCUCUGCCUGCCCGCUCUCGACUACCUUCGCAAAUGUUCCCAGGUAGGAGACAUGCUAUAAAUCCUGGUGCAGUUGUUCAUAAAUCUAAUCUGGACCACAGUGAUCUAGAUCUGGUCAUCCCAUUUACACAUUUCAAUUCAGCCAAUCUACAUUAAUUUGGUGCUGCUUUUUUAGAGCAACUUUAAAUUUAAGAACUCUAAUCCAGACAUAAGACAUUUCAUCUGAACCAAAUUACCAAUGUUUACCAAUGAUUACCAAUGUUUUCAAUGAUAUAUCACAAUGGAAAGUACCAGCUCUGUAAUGAACACCAGGCAGAAUAGUGAGAAAGAGGGAGGGCCAUUUAAAGAUAUAAAACAGACAAAAAAAAAGAAAAGAAACAAAUGAACAACAAAAACUUUUGCAUUAAUUUCAAUGUCUUUUGCACAAAAAGUCCCAUCUGACAUGCACCAUAUCAAACAAACAUAUGCACAGCAUCUGAUUUUGGAUCCAACUGUUGACGUAUGAGGAGUUAUUGCAGGAAAGAAAGAAAUAAAAGGGAUUGAACUUUACUUGAUUGUCUUAUUAUAACAAGGAUAAAGUAAUAUCUCAGAGUAGGAUGAAUAAGUUUUGAUAUUACCAGUGUAGAGGGUUAUUUUGCAGGUAAAUUUUUAUUUACAGCACUGAAAGGCAAAACAUGUUUAUUUUGCAUACAAGGAGAACUCGUGAUUAAAUGUAAAUGGUGUAGCAGGAGAGGUUAAGAAGCCAAUGGGCUUAUCCAAAAGACCUGUCCUUUCAUCAAAGAUAAAACUAUCACAAUGAAACUUAAAAAAAUCAGAACACCACUUACUUUCAGGACGGCUUAAAUCAGAUAUUAAAUAUAUUUGUUAUGUAUAUCAAACAUUCUUGGGAUGGUUUUCCUUAGUUUCAGUAGGUUAAGUUUUUUCCAAGUUUGCAGACAUUUGGUUAUUUAUCUCUUCGGUGAAAUGGAUUUGAUCAACAGCUGCUGGCAAAGAUCUACAAGAUGCCGUCCAAACCAGUGUUUCUGGGGGCACGACUCGCCAGCCUCCCGCUGAGAUCCCAGGAACGCUCGAUCAGCACAGAGGACGGGAUGGACUGUGUCCUGCAGGAGUUUGAUGAUGACACAGGUGAAGUGUUUUUUCUUUUCUCAUUUUAUUUCUCUUUUCUGUGGUCCACAUUACUCCUGUUCAUAUCACUAUCUGAACUCUUUCUAACCCUGGCGAGGUGUUCGUGUGUUUAUGCCUCGCAGGUCUCAUCCAGGUGUGGAUUUUGUUAUUGGAGCAGCUAACAGCAGCCGUGUCCAACUGCCCUCGCCAACACCAGCCUCCAACCCUUGAGCUGCUCUUCACUCUGCUAAGAGAGGUCACUACUGUACCAGGUAACAAAAAGACACUGUCAGACACCCAGUCCAAGACUGUGUGGGUAGUAAGGCUGACACUGAACCACAGCAUAGAAGACAAACUGUAGUAUUAACGUGAAUUUUUCAAACAUAGUUCCCUACGAGACACAAUUAAGCAGGCCAGUGACUCUGAUUCAAAAUCAAGGCUUAUGCUGCGUUCCAGUUGUACUCGCAAGUCUGGAUUUCCAAGCUCUGAGUCGGAAAUUCAUCUGAACGCCCCCCUGAUUUGUCUGAUUUCCCAAACGGAAAGUCAGACGAUCUCCACCAACCCAGACUUGACGAUAACGUCAUAAUCCAAGAUGGCAGCGCAGUGCAUCAACAGUAUAGAGUAACAGUAAAAGCUCUCGUAAUGUAAUAUUUAUUAGCACUUCUGUUUUUUUUGUGAAAUUAGAUAAGUGGUAUAUGUUGUACUGCCCAACAUCUAACUGUGAACACAGUGCUAUGGUGUUUGUAAGAGUUAAAUAUUGUGUUAUGCGUUGUUUACACCUGGUACAGCUAACAACGGCUAACUGUAGGCGUCCAUCUUGGCUUUCCGACUUGUUAACUGGAACGCCGUCAACCUGAGUGUAACGUCAUUCCCAGUUCCUGAGGUAACUGGAAAACAGCAUUAGAUACACAUUAGAUACAAAAAAGGAUUUAAGUGAUUUAAUAUUAGGACAGCUGCAAUAGUGGGAUAGACCAGAAACUUAACUAAAAAUUCUUCACAGGAAUUUCCCAAGAAAGCUCGAUUAGUCACAUAACCCCAGUUAAAAUGACCUUGUGCUACCUUAACAUGCAAACCACAUCAAAAAAGCCAAAAGUCAUGCUGGUUUUGCGGAUCUAUUGUCUAAUCCCAGUCCUUUUCUUUCUUCUGUUCUAAUAAACAAACAUACUUACAUACUUCUGCCCCCCCUCUCCAGGUCCUGGCUUUGCCAUCUUUUCUGUCAUUCAACUGCUGCUCCCUGUGAUGGCACUGUGGCUACAGCGUAGCCAUGGAGACCACUCAUAUUGGGAUGUGGCAGCCGCAAACUUCAAACAUGCCAUUGGUCUGUGCUGCGAGCUGGUGGUGGAGCACAUCAACAGUUUCAUCCACUCAGGUAACACACCCCUCUGAGAGUAAAGCAUUACCAAAGGUUGCCUUUCUAUGUUUCCUCAAAACAACAAAGAUUGAUUGAACACGGGUCAAUUCAGAGAUGACUCAGCUGCAUACCUGGAGCAGAAAGUGUUUGAUGUGGACACCAGAUAUGGCCACACUUACUGUCAAUAAAAAAAAAAAAAAAAUUCACUGUAACCAGCCCUGUCAUCUCAAGUCCUUGUUUUAAAGAAGGUCAACAAUCUGCCCCAGUAUCAACAAGCUUUGUGAGACAAGCUCUAGCUGCAGAAUAUGUAACGUCUGCCCUGCUAAGCCUUCCUUCCACUGUAAUAAUAUCAUAAUAUUUUUAGGGCAAAAUGUUUUGACCUACAAUCAUUUGAAUUAUUGGGUUAAACCUUUAGUUCCUGCUCCCACUCUCCACUUUUCUCAGUAGAACAGUAGGGUGGCUCUUUCAUAACAGAAUGACUACAUAAUAAAGUCGUUUGUAGAGCACAGUAUGUGUAAGGUAUACAAGCACUUCUCAGAAAAAGGAGACUGAAACUACAUUUAUGAAACAGGUGAAGUUUUGUAAAGUUUGAGUAAAAACAUGUCUUAAACACAACUUCAAAGUCUGACUGCAGCAUGCAGAGCCAUCAUAGUGUUGAUCUUUGUGUGUCAUUAUCAUGAACCACUCCAAAUAUAACAUGAAAAGAGGAUGCAGAGAGGGAAUAGAAAAGAAAUGAAGAAAUACAACAAUCUGAUGAAAUCUAAACAAGAAGAUCUGUUUUAAUCUCAGGAACAUGCAUCUUUAAUAGAAAAUAUAAUCCCAGACAGUAUGUCACACAUGAACUGUUCCUGUCUCAUGUUCAGCCCUGACUUUGUGCGCCCACAUGAAAUGGAGCGUGACUGAUGACCUGUUGUUCCACUUGUUGUUCCUCCUUUUUAGGCAAAUGAAAUUGUGGUCACUGCACCUCUUUCCCACAUGCUAAUGGGACUUGCUUUGUUUUGGUGGUGUGUGUGUGUUUGUGUGUAUGUGUGUAUGUGUGUGUGUUUGUUUAUCGCAGAUAUUGGCUAUGAAUCUCUGAUCAACCUGAUGCUGAAGGAUCUGUUUAAGCUGCUUGUGGCCUGCGUGUCUGAACCUGCAGAAACCAUCUCCAGAGUGGGGUGCUCCUGCAUCAGGUGACCAUACAUAACAAACUCCCUGAUAAUCCUUAGCCGUCACAAUAAAUGCAUGUAGGAAGUCUUCACAAUGUACAUGAAUAAAUCAUCCACAUUUGGUGAGUGAAAUACCUGAUAAUGCUCGCUGACAUUAAUCUAGGUCAUAUUAGUUUGUUUUAUAGGAACAUGUUGUUUACUAAUGGAGUUUUUAAGCUGUAUUGUUUACCUAAAGUCAGUGGUUGAAGAUUUUUGAUGGGUUACGCUUUAGCACAGGGGAGAAUUGAAUGUGUGAUCAAUACAACCCUCAUUCCUAUUUUUCCUUGAAUGUUUCUAGUCAGUAAAAAAGAAAGAAACAGAUUAAAAUAAGAAGGUUAUCAAACUUGACACAUUAUUUCAUGGAGCAUCAUAAAAAUCAAUCAGUAAACCUUUAUUUUUAUUGCACUUUUCAUACAAUGCAACGUGGCUCAAAGUGUUUUACACAGAAGAUAAAGAAGGAAAGAAUACCUAACUCUACCUGACCUAAUCCCUGUCCCUUCAUCCCCACUCCACAAUCCAAGCCCAACAGGAGUGAGUUUUAAAAUGCAGUAACUUCAAAAGACCUUGAUUCAGUAAAAACAGGAAUAUGUGCACUGAGGAAACGCCAUCUUAAAAUUCAAGAUGAGGAACACUGGAGGUUGGGUGAAAAUCUGAAAGUUAAAUCAAAUGAAAUUUAAGAAACAAUAAAUAAAAAUGAAAUAAAAACAAAGUAAAAGAUACUAAAACAAGAGCACAAAAAUAGAUCAUUAAAAGACGACAUUAAACCUAAAAAGAGAUAAAUGCUAAAACACUCAAACAAUGAUAAAAGUUCAUAAUAUAAUAUGUAGUUAAAAGCAAAUGAGGCGUCUAAGAUUCAUCGGUUGUUUUUUUUACUCUUUUAUUAUCACAUUUGUUAAUAUUUUACACACAUCAUAGUGCGGUACCUAUGCAAAAAUCUGCUUAAUGCUUUCUGAUGCAACAACUCAAUGAUAUGUUUUUUUUUUUUUUCGUUUUUUUUCUUUAAAUCUACAACAUGAAGUGGUUCAUUCUACUUUAAAUAUAAACCGCACUUAAAAUUGUUAUUAGUAUGUUGGCUCAAAAUGUUGUUAUACAGUCAUAUUACUGCGUAAAUCAGUCCUUAUUUGAUCCUGGAUUUGAGUUCAAAGAUUUAUUAAUCUGGGUCUUGAAAAGUAAACGUAAUGAUAUAAAGUACAUUGUUGCUCUACAGUCAGGGGAGCUUUAAAAUGGACAACAACAAACCGAUUUCUCAAAGCCUAAAAUCUUUUCUCUCUCUGGGCCUCAGAGCUCCACCCUAAAAAACUCAUGAUGAGAGUUUCUGUUGUGUCAUAACCAAGCAGACACACACUGUAGUUGAUUUGGUCCCAGUUACACUGUCCUGAUGUCUGAAAUACACAGUAGAGCACAAAAUGAGGACUAAUCCACUGCUGUAGAUAGUCAUCAAUGACUACAGUCACUCAAAAUAACGCAGUUACUUUCUGCUGUUGUCUGUCAGUGAAUCCUAAAAUGCAUAAAGGAACCAUUUUGUAUAUACAUUACAUAAAAUGAGUCAUUUUUAACAGUCUCAGUAGAAGUCAGUAGGCUCACGGAUGAGCUCCACAAACAGGUUUUAAGGACAGAGUCAGGUUCUGUUGGAUGUGCGUAUUUUCACAGGUUUCAUUUACAGUAUGUUAGAGAUUGUUUACGUUGAUGUGAAUUGUUUUUUCAGUGCAUGAUCUAACUGUUGUCUGUCCGUUUGCAGAUAUGUUUUGGUCACAGUGGGUCCAGUGUUCACUGAAGAGAUGUGGAGGUUAGCCUGCUGUGCCCUGCAAGAUGCUUUCUCUGCUACAUUAGAGCCUGUCAAGGUACACACUGUACAUACACACCCACACAAAGUUGACGCACAGAUUUCAGGUAGUGUACAGACAUAAGAUGCUAUACAUAGUUUCAUGCCUUAUGAAAACUGACUCGUGAAUAUAGGCAAAAAAGAGAAAUGAGCAGAUAAGGAAAUGAACUGUCAGCACUCUCACUGAUACACUCAGCAGGCCAGUGGGCCAUUGUAAACCACAUAAUCCCCCCGCCCCCCAAAUCUGAACCUACUGGUUGGGACAGAAGUAAUCUAAAAGCAUUUGCUGCUAAUACUGUCAACAUGCUGACACUCCACGUUAAGCUUGAUAACCCCAGUUAACCUCCUGCAGCUGUGAACAACAACUGUCUCCUCACUGUGUCAUCCUCAAUCUGUGACAUCCUGACAGAGGAUGGACAAAUGCAGCUUUAGAGCUGUCAUGUCUUUCUGGCACGUGAGGUCUGAAUGCAAAAGUAAGUGAUGCUUGACUUAAAGAUAAUUGUCUUUGGGUUUUUUUUUUUUUGUAACAAAAAUCCUUUAAUGUUAAGACAAGUAGAAAAUUGAAUAUGUUUCAAAUAACAAAGUGUUUGCCUAACAAUGUAAAGGAAAAGAAAACAGAAUAACCAGCUUUUCUUUGGUAAACAUAGCGUUGAUGCUCUUUCUGAUGGAAAUUGUAUCUGUUCAGCAAAAAAUAGUCCUCUAGAAUCUUAAACAGCUUUUGUAGAACCAUUUUAGUUAACAGACAACAGUUCAUAUAACUUAGACCUUGGUAGCAUAGGCCAUCAUCCACCUCAGAGUAGAUGUUGUCUGCUACCUCAGUGUUGUUCCUGCAGUAAAGUCAGGUAACAGCGAAAUGACGGCAUUAAAAAAAACUGAAAUUCAAUGGUGGUUUGAGGUUUUCAUGUAAGUUUUUAAAAGUAGGAACCAUGUUGAAAGUAACUAUUUUAUAACUAACUAAUUAUAUAUCUUUGACAACAAUGAUUAAACUCAUUUCAAUUAUAUUUCAUAUUCAUAAAUCCAUGUUUUUUUUUUCUCAUCAUAAAUUUAAAAAUGUAGAUGUUUUAGAGAGUCAAAAUGUGUCUGGGAGGUGAAGUGACCAAGAAGGAAGUUCAGUGUUUUGUGUUUGAGAGCAGUCAGUGUCACUUACCAGCUGCAAAAUUGACCACACCCCCUUUUUGGUUAAUGUACUCCAUCCAAAUGAAUAGAGGUUAAUGGAAGUUCCAGAGUCUUUGACAACUCAGUAGCAUAAAACAAGAAAAGGUCAUCAUCUUAUGCACUAAUCUAAUGACUUUAGAGGCAAACACAUUCAUCAUGACUUUUUUAAACAGUGACCAUACAUGAGUAGAAAAGCUCAAAGAUAAAGGGUUAGUGUCUGCUCAGUCUCAGUCCAUCAUGGGACAAACAACCCCAUCUUGUGACCAGAGGUGUAAUGAACUGAUAUCACAUCAUUCAUGUGUGUAUUUAAACUGAGUUGCCUGAGUCAGGUCGUCCCUUUGAAAUUGUCUAUUUUGAUGAUAAUAUCUGGCACCAUACAGAAAUGUAAUGUGGUUGAGAAACAGCCCAACUUCAAGCUUCAAGCACCAUUCACAGCGCUCUUUAACAGCAGGAGCUGUAGGUGGACCGUAUCACCAAAGCUGAGGAGGGGAAAUCACAGCCAACUGUGACUCAAAUUUCAUUUAUUUCUCAUGAUCACAGUGAGUACGACACCAAAUGUAUCUGCUGAUGAGAGCCAGAUGAUAUUCUCAUCCUUGUCUCAAAGUUAUGUGCGUCAUAGCUUUGAUUGUUUUCUAAUGCUGCAUCGCCAAUCACCCAGCAGAAAAGUCAUGAUUAAUGUUUGUCUAAACAGCUGAUAGAUUCGGGUUGUUGUUGAUGAUAAUGAUGAUGAUGAUGAUAAUGAUAACGAUGGUGAUGAUGAUGAUGAUGAUGAUGAUGAUGAAAGGACAGUCUCAGCAGGAAUCCAGCCUCUGCUCCUCUGUGUGUGUAUGAUUUUCUUUGCCUGUGCCUGUGCCUGUGCCUGUGCCUGUGCCUGUGCCUGUGCGUGUGUGCCUGUGCCUGUGCCUGUGCCUGUGCCUGUGCCUGUGCGUGUGUGUGUGUGUGUGUGUGUGUGUGUGUGUGUGUGUGUGUUCAGCAGAGGUGGCAUCGUUAGGCUUUUUUUUAAAGUGUAUGUUGUGUGUUCCUGCAUUUCUGUAGCAGCUGCCUGACUGACAGCAGCUAAGCAGCUUUACAGCUUAGAGCCACAUCUGCAUGUGUGUGUGUGUGUCAGUGUGUGCGUUCACAUGUGUGUUUCAGGGAGGCAGGAUGAUUGAGAUGAGCCAGCACCAAUGACAGAUUUUCUUUACUUGUUUCCAGAAAGUUCUAUUUAAGUACUCCUAACAGUUUUCAUGAGGACAGUUUUUUUUUUUCAAAAUUGUCAAACAAAAUAGAUAAAAUGUUGUUUGUCUUUGAGAUUAACCCACAUUUUGAAUUGUAUGUAACCGUUUCACAUCAUAGACACCACAGUGAAAAUUGAGAGUGCUUUAUUUCCUUCUUCUCUAGUUUUGAUUUUCUUCAUUUUUAUUCUAAAGGUAUAGAUUUUAAAUCAUCGGUUUGUUUUCACUGAUAGCAGACAUUUUGCCAGCUUUAACCAUACACACUCCUCAGCAGCGCUCUUCUUCUAUGACUCUUCAACAGCAUUUGCUCGCAGCCACAGUGGUUUUGAUACUGCUUUCUGUAUCAGAGCAGCUCCACCAUUUGUAGUCAUCUGCUGCAGCGAUUUAUGGAACUUAUGAGAUGAGCACCAAAAGUGAUUACUAUAGCCUUGACAGAGCCUCGAGAGUUUAUCUCUCAAAGUAUCAGGAGAAAUCAUAACAUUAACUCUGAACUGCACUCACAACCAUGCAGUUUUGUUUAUGUAAUUGUCUCUCGACUGUGAGGCAUGCAAAGACAAACAUCACUGUCAUAUGGUGCAUCAUAGGUGAUUAUAUAAGAGCGCCUGUUAUCUAGUGGCACUUUAAGCCUAUACUGCAAUUACAUUUUGAACAUUGAGAUCUAGGAUCUGUUUGUUUUUGUUUUGUUUUUUUCAUGGUCGCGAUGUCAUGUGAUAUUCUGACCUUUUCAGUCCAAGACACCCAGCUCUUAGUUUUAGGAAAUGUUUUUUAAGUAACUACAUGGUCUCCUGUUUGGAUUUUUGUCAUCUGCAGAGAUACUUAGUAAAGCCUGGUGGUCCUUCUUGGUCUGUCUUUGUUCACUUGCAGUUUCAUUAGAGUCACAAAAAUACUGUCUGAAGAGAAACAAAAUUCAGGUUCACAAGUACUUGUGGCUCAAUCUACCUGCAGCAGGGAAAUUUUUCAGCAGAGGUUAAGAAAAUAUCUCUAGAGUUUUGGACCCUGGUGCCUUUGGUCCCCAAAAGGAUCUGGGAAAGUCCUGUGGAGGAAAUGUAAUUUUAUAGUGAGAAUGACUGUAUUGAGAUUGAGUGUCUCUGAAAUGUCAGUAUUAUAGCCCGUCUGUUAAUCCAUCCAUUUAGAUUCUUAAUUUUGUUUUACUUUGGAUUCAUAAAAAUAUCUAUUUUUUCCUAACAGAGAAAAUUCAAACACAAUCCACAAUAAUGCAAAAUGGCAUUUUAUCCCACACCUACUGUAUAAAAUAUAUCAGAGGUUGUACAUACUUGUCAUAGGCUAAGAAAAACACUAAGAUUUUAUGUCUGUGGAGUCACCAGUGAGUUAGUUUAGUUUGGGAAUUCAGAACUGCUCAGUAGUGCAGUAUGACUGAAAAACAGGUUUAUAUUACCAGGGAACAAUAACUGAAAGUGGAAGUGUGCUAGUAUCUGUGGACACUGGAAGCCCCUAAUGUAAAGCUUAGAGUAAAUGGAAGAAAAUCCUUAACAUUUAGCUUAUGCUUUCAAACACAUAAACACAUGACCUUGAACUGGGUUUACAGAUUUAUAGAUGUACGAGGUUUAUAGGUUUAUAAAAAAAAGAGGAAUUUUUCAUUAGCACUGCAUUCAGGUCAGAUUUAAUGAAAUACGUGCAGCCAGUAUUAAAAUGUGUAAUACUUUAAAUCAGGGUGAAAAGUGCAAUUUGUCAGCUGUACUUAAUGCUCAGAAAAAUAAAUCUCUGUUUAUUUUUUAUGUAUUUAAAUCUAUUUGAUUAUAUUUAAAUUAUUUUUUUUUUUAGAAUUUAUUUAUUUAGAUUUCUUACAAUCAGCAUAAAUCUUUUACUUUGAAAACAAUUCAAUUAAAUCAGUUUAAGUGUAUGAAUAUAGUGUAAAUAUGAUGAGCUGUUGAUCAAUCAAGAUUAAUUUAAUUAAAUUUCAUGAAACAAAUUGGAGUUAUCAAAGAUGAAUCCAUAAAACUGUCAUUAUUUAUUCUAAAAACAUUGUUUUUUUUGUGUUAUUACAUAAAUCGAGUUCUAAAAUCUUUUUUACAUUUGACAGACAAAUAUGCAGCACAUAAAGUUUAUUAGCCUGUUUAUAAUGAAUCUAAGUCAUUCAAAUGGAUGGAAAGUUAGUACGCAAUUAGGCCGAAAUAUUUCUGUGAGUGUAAUUUAGUCGUGGGUUUGGGAUUUUUGACAUAUUACUAAACGUUGUGUGGUAGAAAAUAACUACACUAUAUUGUAAAAAAAAGGGCCUAAGUCUGUCUACAUAAAGAUGUAUGGUUAAUUAAUAAAAGAGACAGGUCUGACAUUCAGGUCAAGGUGAAAUUUAAAGGUCAAAAAGAUAUCGGGAAUUGGUUGUAGUUCCACAGAUCUUUUGUGGCUCCAUCACAAGAGGUCUUUUUGAAUUUCUUUCUCAGCUUUGAGCCGACUAGCAGAUGGAGCUGAAAUAUGACCCUCAAUGGUUAAAUAGCAUAUUCUAAUCCAAUACAAUCUACUUUAUUUAUAAAGCACAUUUAAAAAAACAAUUAAGUUUAGCAAAGUGCUGCACAGUACAGUACAAUAAAAUAAAAUUACUGAAUGAGCAAAUAAAUAAAUAAAAAAAAAACAAUAAAAGAACAGACAGAGACAGACCACACAACUUUCAUGCUGGGUUAAAAGCCAAGGGGUAAAAAUAAGUUUUCAGUCGGGAUUUAAAAACCAUUAAAGCAUAUUGAUUAAUGAUGCCAUUACAGAUGGUCAUUCAUACAGGCUGUUAACCUGGUGUCAUAGAGAGUUGUUCACACACAGAUAUUUGGGUCAUUACAGUGAGGAAAUCAAAGGUGUGGGAAUGUGGUUCUUAGUGUUUUUAGCAGAAAAUUUAAAGAAGGGAAGGCCAGAAGUUUGCUUUUAUAUUUAAUACACUAUUUGUAUUUGACACAUAUGGUUGCUUUCUCACUCUCUCCCUUUCUCUUUCUCUCUCUGUUUUCCUGCAGAACCUUCUCGCGUGUUUUCAUAGCGGUUCAGACAGCUUUUCUGGAGACGCCUGUGAGGUGAAGGUGGCAGCUCCAUCCCACUCUCCCUCAGCUGAGGCAGAGUACUGGAGGAUCAAGGCAAUGGCUCAGCAGGUCAGUAUGGGCUAAAGAGGAGUUUUAGUACCACUGUAGCCAAUCCAGGUCUGUUUACAUGUCCUCUUUGUGUCCCAGGUGUUUAUGUUGGACACCCAGUGCUCCCCAAAGACACCAAACAACAAGGAAGGCUUCGAGCACGCACAGUCCUGUGUCCUCAUCAUAGAGCUGCCCCCUGACUCCCAGUCCAAUGGACACACUCAGAAAAGGUAGUCUGCCUACACACUCAUGCACUCACUCUCAGUUUCUUAUUUUCACACCCAAACCCUGAAAAAUUGAUUGAAUUUUUAGAUUUUUUUAAUUGACCUUUGUGUUUUUACACUUUUUUUCCUUUGAAAAAAAGGAAAAAACUGUUGCAAAAUUAUGAUUCUUUCGCUUUUGCAUUUAGGUCAGCAGCUUCUUCACAUUUUAUUGUCAAGAUUUCCAUAGUUGUCGACAACUUGUCAUGAAAAGUUAUUUCUCUUGUGGUAACAAACCAAGAACCCCAUAUACAAAGGCUCUGUGUUGUGGCAGCAGCUAGUUUGAUUCCCAGCCCUGACCCCUUGCUGCACAUUUUCCCCGCUCUCUGAUUCACACAUUCCUUUCUCUCUUUAGCCUUCAUUUCUAACAGAGGUAAUUAAUUUUCCAUCUGUGCUUGUCUUUUUGCUGCUGGGGUUACAGGAAAAUUGGGUAAGGCUAUUUUCUCUGACGUGUGAUUUUUCUAUCAUGCUUUACACUGUAAAAAUAGAUACCUAUGCAGUUUGGAUCCGUACAGGGUUUGUGUGGUCUCUCAAGCGUUAAUGACUCAGAAUUUCACAACAUUGUCACAGUUUAGUUUUUGACUUAUUUGCCAUCUGUGAGUGUGAUGAGGUGUGCCUAUCUGUGUGAUGAACAACAUUUAUAUUUGAAGUUUAUUUUGAAACCUAUACCUGAAAUGUUUGUCAUUGAAUUUCAUGAAUUAAAUAGGACUUAGGGAUGGGUGAUAUGGCCUCAAAUUAAUAUCACAACAAAUUGAGCAGUUCACCUCGAUAACAAUAAAUGGACGAUAACUACUUCACAAGCUGCUCACCCCCUCCCACAUUAACUUCGUGUACUUCAGCUGCUGCUCCAGCAGCUACAACUUUUGAACUGUCCUCCAUCUCCUCACAUGUCUUUCCCUCUUUGUUCCUUUUUUUGACACAGAAUAUACCGAUAUGGGCCAAAUGAGGUCGGUUAUUGUCGUAAAUUUCGGUAUCUGUAAAUUUUUGGUUAAUCGCCCAGCCCUAGUAGGAUUUCACUUGGAAGGAAAAGUGCUAUCAAAGCUUCUUUUAAAGCCAAACACUUUUCUCUAGAUGCCACAAAAGAAGCUACUGUAACAGUUAACUACCAUGUAAAAAAAACUGUCUAUUGUUCUUAUUUAUUUUUAAACUGUUUCUGAAUUUUGCAGGAUCCCAUUCAGGACCAUUGUAGUGAGCCUUCUAUCCCACCAGGUUCUGCUUCAAAACCUGUACGACAUCCUGCUGGAGGAGUUUGUCAAGCAGCCUGAUGGUCAUGAGAGGGUCACACCUGUGAGCUCUGACCCCAGCAGAGCCUCAGCGGGUUUCCUGCGCUACAUCUCCAUGACUAACUUAGCUAUAAUCCUGGAUCUGCUGCUGGACUCUUACAGGUGAGAAAGUCAGGGGUAUAUGCAGACAACAUUGUCAUAUAUGCUGGUUCUAAUGAUUCAAGUGUUCAUGUUAGUAAUGUUGAUGAUAUUAAUUAGCUUUACACCCUGAUCCCCUGGUUUCUUCUCCUGCAGGACAGCACGGGACUUUGACACUCGCCCGGGUCUGAAGUACCUUCUGAUGAAGGUGUCAGGUGUUUGCGGAGCGGCAAAUCUGUAUCGUCAGUCUGCCAUGAGCUUCAACCUGUACUUCCAGGCCCUGCUGUGUGCCACACUUAGCCAAGCUGAUGGCAUGACUGCACAGCAGGUGAACACAUCAUCAGAACUCCUCAGCUGUCUUCACUCACAUGCUGUCUGUAUUUUCAUGCAGCGCAGAUACAUUGAAAUGUCAUUUGUGGAUUUGGAUACUUAAGGUCAUUUUUUAGUAACAAACUUUUUAAGAGCUUUCAACUUCCAUUGAGAUCUUUUAGAGUUCUCAAGAUGAUAGUUUAAACUCUUCACUGUUUGGUUUCAGUGUCUUUUUCAGACCUCAUGUUUAGCAGAAGCAGGCAGCUUUUUCUCUUGAACAGAUUUGAUGAAUCCAAUUUAAGCCAUCUGACCAGCAUUAGACAACUAAUGAACUCAGGUUCAAAAGACAACAGAGGGUGAAACAAGUCAAGAAUGAAUCAGUUUUGGUUAAGAAAGAACAAAGAUUAAGACAACACUUAAAUAUUUGACCAUUGCUCUUCAUCUUUUUAGUGCAUGAAAAGGCACAUGUUAGCAUGCACAUUAGCCAUACAAGAUACAAAGACAUGUGCAAGGACAACAACUCAAUGAGACGAUGAUGGUGUCUAAGAAUAAGAAGCAGUCUAAAAAAAGAUGAACACAGCUAAAGGCUCUUCUGCAGUUGCAGGCAUUUCCGUGCAACUUCUUAUGAAGUCAUCCUCUGUUUUAAAGGGGUAUUCCUCGUAAAAUUAAGUUAGGGUCAAACACACCGUACUGCUGAGUGCAUCGGAAAAUUUAUGAUUAUUACUUACUGAAAUGCAAUCAGACUGAGACGCUAAAGCAGAAGAACUACCAUGUCUGCAGUAGUGCUGGACGAUAAUUCGAUAACAAUAUAUAUCGAUCGAUAGACGUGUGCUGCGAUAGAAAAAAAACGGGUCGAUAAAAAGUUCGAUAGAAAAACACAGUUUCCCUUUCUUUUUCAUCAUAGCCUAUCAUGUAGCUUUUACUACAGUCAUUACUUCCUCCCAACCAAUCACAAACGCAGACCCAGGUACGCUACGGCACCAAGCCCAGCCCCUAUCAAACCACAACAGACAGCACGUGUAUUAGAAAAAAUGAUACAGCAAGGAGAAGCGGAGGACAUUGUCAGUAGUUCACCAGCAUGGCAAUGUUUUGGUUUUUAGAAGUCUGACAAAAAGCGAACAGCGGUCGUUUGCAAAAUUUGCAGAGAAUUGGUAAAAACCAAGUCUGGUAACACAACCAACUUGUUUUACCAUCUAAACCGGUCCCACCCGCAGGAGUACGAGCUGUGUCGGCCGCGCCGCGGCUCCACGUCGUCGGAGGAGGAAUCCUCUGGAACCGCUGCCAGCACCAGCACAAAGCAUGUGAAGCAGACCAAACUGGACUUCGUUUCUUGCCAAAAUACGACAAAGCGUCCGAGCGGCAUAAGGACAUCACCCAUGCAGUAACAUGCUUCAUAGCGAGGGACAUACUGCCAAUAACUACCGUUGAAAAGCCUGGCUUCGACCAGCUUCUAGCCACUCUCGACCCGCGAUAUGAAGUGCCCGGCCGCAAGUAUUUCUCAAACACAGCGCUUCAGGCAUGAAAAUGGGUCAGGGGUUGAAAAGGUGAGAAGAAUGCAUCCCGUCCACUCAUUAGCUUCUUAAAGUGGAAGAAAAUGAGCUCAUAUUUAACAAAGACGCGAGUAUUUGGAUCAUGGCUACUAGCAGGGGGUGCAUUCGGCAGGGGUGCAUUCUACGACACAACACCGGCGUGGAUAAGUCCUGCUUCUCGUGCUCAGUUUGCGUAUCAAGUCAAUCACAUGAUAAUUAAAAAAAUAAAUCUCCCGGCCCCGGGAGAAAUAUUUCAGUGUUCAGACACCAGGCUGUGGGCAGUUUCUCACACAGUUAAAACUGGUAGUAUGCUAUUCCCACCUAAAGCUAUUCUGUUUAUUUAUAUAUUUGUUUGUUUUGUUUAUUUUCAUCAAAAGACUAUUUAAAUAUUUAUUUAUCAGAUUUUCUGGUCACUUUAGUCUUUAUGUUUGUCAGUAUUUACUGACGUCACUCAGGCCCCUUAAGUUGAUUUCUUUUUUUUUUUAGUUCUUUUUUAAAAAACUUUCAGUUGUGGUAAAAUAAAAAAGGUGGUUGAAUAAAGGUUUGAAUUUGAAUUCAGUGCUUGUGUGUUCUUUAUUAAAAGUAGGUCAUUAAGCAAUAGCAUAAAACAUCCAGGGCUGCAAUUAAAAUAUAUGUUAAAUAACUAUAAUAAUUAUAUCGAUAAUUAUCGAUAUCGAUCAAUAUGAUUUAUUUUUUAUCGAUAUGCUUUUUUUCUAUAUCGUCCAGGCCUAGUCUGCAGUGCACAUACAAGAUACACAAGAACUCUGAUUGCAUUUCUAUAAAGUAAUAAUCAUAAAUUUUCUUCCUUGAGCUGCUAAACUCCGCUUCACUCGAUCGAUUCAUCAGGGCUCCCUCACAAACAAGCAGCUGCUGAGGGAGAGUGGGUGAGUUGUGUUUGGUGUCUUUGCUGAAGAAACCAGGCAAAGCUGAAAAGAUGCUUCAUGGCUCGUACUAUUGCUGAGAUGUAGACCACUGUGUAUUGCUAUUGUGCAGUCAUUGCUGAAGUUGAUAUAACUAAAGAAGCAAGCAGUCGGCAACAUUCAUCUCUGGAUGGGGUGUCUAACUCAGUGUUCUGGUGUGUUUGACCCUAACUUAAUUUUACGCCGGAAUUUCCAUUUAAUCAUACUGUUGCUAAGGGGCUGCACAUUUGCCAGAAGAACAGAUGUGGGGUUGUUAAUAUGGCCUAGCCUUUAUGUUAGCAUGUAGCCCUGCAAAUUUAUGUUGAUGUUGGGCCUGAUUUUUUUGUCCUCCAUUUUUUCCCGUUUGCUCCUUGGUAGAUGUAAUGGAAUAUGUUCGGAGCAGGUCUCUUUAUGUAAAAAACAAUUUUGUCACAAAAGUCACUCCUUUAAACUCUUUUAGUCAUUUCAUCGCAGCACAGUUUUGAACAGUCUGCGAACUGUCACCAAGCAACCACCCCCUGAAGACUCUGUGAUCUUAAACAUAUUAACAGAGGAAUCAAGUUGUGUUUGACACUUGUUUCACCUGUAUUCAGGUAAAAAGGAUCCUGUAUGAGGAAGAGGAGGGCAGCUCUGACUCCUCUCAUCCUGGCUCUGCUUCCUCAGAGGAUGAAGACAUCUUUGAAGAAACAGCACAGGUGAUGAUUACAGCUUUUGUUUUGUACUAGUCAUAGUAGGAAAAUACAUGUGUGAAAACCAGUUAAUAAAACUGUGUUUCUCUUCUUUUCUCGUGUUACAAGAAUAGUCACCAAUGUUUUUUACAUUAAAUAUCAAGUAAUCCACUUUGCGCUGUUUUGUCUCCUCCCAGGUCAGCCCCCCUCGUGGCCGGGAGAAGCGUCAUCAUUGGCGAGCCCCAAUCCCAUCUCUCAGCGUGCAGCCUCUUGGCAGCGCAGACUGGGCCUGGCUGGUCAAACGCCUUUACAAGCUCUGCAUGGACCUCUGUAACAGCUACAUCCAAAUGCACCGGGACCUGGAGAGCACACUGGAGGAGACGGCACUGCUGAGAGGAGGAACAACAGGAGGAGGGGAUCACGUCUUCUUCCUGCCUCUCUUUCAGUCUGAGACUUCCACCCCGACAUCAGCUGGUGGGCUUUCAGCCAGAGGGACACCAUCAGAGGAAGGCGGGUCCAGAUGUCAAGCUGACACGAGUGCAGCAUCACCAGGAGACACGCCCACACCCAGUCCAGGAUUCAGGUCUGACUGAGUUUUCUCAGAUCUUCAACUGAAAUUAGGAUUUAUUCUCUCUUAGUCAUGUAGUCUAGCUGUAGAUCACCACAGCCUGGCGCUGUCUGUUUAAAGGUGGGGUAGGCAAGAUUCUGUUAAAGAAGCGUCAUUUUUUGUGGUGUAUAUCCAAAAAAGCUUUUAAUAUCAGUAAAUUGCUAUUAGUUAUUGAUGACAUUUGGUAAUAUAACGACAUCGCUGUGUUUUGUUAUGUCUCUGCAGUCAACAUUUUAGAUUUUUUGAGCAGCCCGCUCUUUCUGACUGUAAACAACGCCAUUCUCCGCCUCCCAGACCUGAUUGGCUGUGAGGCAGACGCUGCUUCCUCAUGUUGUGAGAGACGCUCUACGUCCUCCAAUAACGUGCAUGAGCCCAAACAAAUUUUGCGUGCUACAACAUUGGACAGUAGAAACCCACCAGAAAGUACAGAAAACACAAGUAAUAAAACAAAGCAAAUACCAGAGACUCUGGCAGAAUAACGGGUGCUUAAAACUUAGAUAGACCGGACAAGAGCUAAAAAGCCGGGUCAACAUCAGCAUAAAUAAUGGGGGACACUUUGGGAUCUUACGGACCCUGUUAUCUUUCUGCUGGACAGGUAAACCACUUGAACAAAGUAAGCCAAGUGUCUGUAACAGACGUGUUUCUUGUCAAACGGGACCUUCUGCGUGUUGUAGCGCCGCUAAACUGUUUACCUCGGGUCCUGGAGUAUGUCACUUUAUCCUGGUUUUAGAAGUCCUGCAAACGUUGUGUUUGCUGCUAGUCUGUUGGCAUCUACAGUAGCACUAAUGCUUUAUACUUUCACGUUGACUGGGCCCCAUUUGUUAUAAUCUGAAGUAUUUAUCUGCGUUAUAUCUGAAUUUAAUUGAAACGAUACGAGCGAGCAGGAGUGUCUGUUUGUGGGCGGGGCUUUCUGGAGCAGAGACGGAGGGGAGAGGAGGAGCUGAGGGGAAAACUGGUUGGGAGGGGUAGAGUUUACAUUCAAGAUUUCUCCCAAAAACUGGCGCUUCCUCAGAUCCUGCCUAUCAGAAGAUCUUUUGUACCCACAGCCAUCAGACUUUAUAACCUUUGUGUAAAUAGUUGAUGACUUCUAGAGACAUGUCAAGGGAGGCGACAUACAAUUGAAUUUCCCAGGGAUCAAUAAAGUUCUUCUUAUCUUAUCUUAUCUUAUCUUAUCUUAACCCACCUUUAAUGCUCUUUGUUCGUUCAUUUCCUUUUUCACUUAUUGAAAUGCCUUUACAUGCUGGCUCAAAGGAUGCCAGGGCAUCUGCAAUUUCAUAAUCACCUUUCUAGUCCACUUCUUUCUCUGAGGCAGCAAUCAGAGCAUCAAGGAAGGUGGUCUCUGUAGACCUAUUAUUUCAGACUGCCACAGGUCCGUGACCAAAGGCACUUAAGUCCCCAUGGAAAUAAAACUGACAGCAAAGUUACUUUACUUCCCUUUUGAACUUUUCUUUUUUACCAUCAGGUUGUAUAGGAUGGGACUCAUUUUUGGAGCAGCCUCAAGUGGCCAUUUAGUGAACUGCAGCUUUAUGCAGGUUUACACUGGUUUUAUUUGUCAGCGGUUGUUGGUCAUGUCUAAAUAAAACAUUCAUCCCCUCUCCGUACAGCUGCACAGGUAGUCUGCCCCAUCACUUUCGUACUGGAGGCGAGAGAAGAGAAUCCGGUAUUACUGGGAGCUCGGCAGGAGGAGCUCCUGGUAGCAGCGGGCCUGGAAGGAGAAAAGAGUGGUGGGAAAGUGCCGGAAACAAACUGUACACCAUCGCCACAGACAAAACUAUCAGUAAGCUGAUGAUGGAGUACAAGCGCAGAAAACAGCAGCAGCAGCAGCCGCAGCAGAGCCAGCUCAACCUGUUCAUGAGGGAGCAGGGCCGGGCAGCAGCAGCAGGAGGGGUUGGGGAAAGGAGGGGCCCUGUGGAACCACAGAGGCCCCCACAGAGGCCCCAGCAUCUGGUGGACCAGCAAGGUCCUCCUCUGAGGCAUUCGGUCAGUGCAGGACCCGAAGUCCUGAGGCAGGAGAAGAGACCACGGUCAGGAUCCACAAUCAGCUCCCACAGCAUUUCACUGAGGGACUCUGAAGCUCAGAUCCAGGUACAGAGAGUGGGUCCUAUGGGUAGAUGUGAUGAUUAUGAUUUAAAGAUUACAAGUAAGGUUUGGUUGAGGACCAAUAACUAUAAGGGCAGUGUAUCAUGUUUAACAACAUUUUAGGUUUGACUUUUGGCUUUACUUAGGCACUUUACUUCAGACAAGGUCAAAUUUGCCUGAGAUUGUUGACUUGCUGUGCAAUGAAAGUGUGUUUGUGUUUUCAGAUGGACACAGCUCUCUAUAAAAUAAUUAAACAUCAAAAAUGCCUCUAAGAAAACAAGAGAAAACAAACUCAACACAUCGUAUUGUUGAUCAAUAACAGGUUAUUUAAAACAAACCAGUAGAUAAGUAAAUAUACAUAAAGUUCUUAAAAUGCAAUGUCUUAUUUUCUUAGAGCUCCUGUGAGGAACUUUCAGUUUGUGUCAACAUUGGCGACCCCUGUGGACAAAGCAGUCUCUUCUUAUCCUAUCCUCUGAGUGCUUAAAGGGAUAUUCUGGCAUAAAUUUAAAUUAUGGUCAAACACACCGUAAAACUGAGUUAGACCCCCCCUCAAGAGAUGACUUUAGUAACAACCGCACUAUAGCAAUACACAGGGGUCCAUGUUUCCACGCACAAACCUCAACCAAAAAGCCACUCUAUAGCCACAAAUAAUGCUCAGAGCAGCACCUAACUUCAUCAAAAGUACAUACAGGGUCCCAGCCAUAGUACUAGUCACUAAACAUCUUUUUAGCUUUUCCUGGUUUCUUUAGCAAAGAGACUAAGCACAACUCACCCACUCUCUUCCAGCAGUCGCUUGCUUGUGGGGGAGCCCCAGGGAAAUGCAAUCAGACCGAGAGGCUAAAGCAGAAAAACUACUGUGUCUGCAGUGCAAAAUGAUUAAUAUGGUGAUUAUUACUUCAUGGAAAUUAUCCACUUCACUCAGUGAUUGACUCGUCAGGGCUCCUUGUGUCUGGUCUCUUUGCUAAAGAAAUUAGGCAAAGCUUAAAAGAUGUUUGAUGGCUAGUACUAUGGCUGGGGCCCUAUAUGUACUGUUGAUGAAGUUAGGUGCUGUUCUGAGCAUUAUUUGUGGCUAUAAAGUGGCUUUUUGAUUGAGGUUUGUUAGUGGAGACGUAGACCGCUGUGUAUUGUUAUCCUGCAAUAGUUACUAAAGUUGGAAUAACUAGAGAAGCAAGCAGUCGGCAACAUUCAUCUCUUGAGGGGUUGUCUAACUCGGUGUUACGGUGUGUUUUGCUCAUCUUGUCCCUAAUAUUCUUGGUUGUUUUCAGAGAUCACACAAAGGCGUCAAUAUGAAUUCCAGUUGACUUCAUAAACAUUAAAAACUUCUCAUAGGAGCUUUAAAGUCACAGAUGUGGUGUUUCUGUCUCAGCAGACAACAAAGUCAGAGUGUCUGUGCUUCAAUCACAAUUAAAUUAGAUUAAAAAUGACCAGGCUCAAACUUUCUUUCUUUUUCUACUUCACUUUUUGAUGUUCACUUAUGUUUAAGGGCCUUCAUGGACAGCUGGUAUGGUGCAGUAGGUCACAAAAGUCACAACUCCGAUUGUUUAAUGGUCUUGAGGCACAAAUCAGUGCACAUUUCAGACUCUUUUUGAUGAAGCAAGUUCAAGCUUGAAAUAGAACAAUGGUGUGAAUUUCUAACUUGCCUCAUACUUGACUACCCAGUGUUGUAGCAGCUGCUGUUGAAAUUUUCUUUCAUAUUUUUGUAUUAGUCAUUUUUCCAGCAGUAGUUAUUAGUCUUGAGAGUGACCUAAAAUCCUACAGCAUGUGUGUUUCUCUUCACUAAAUCUCUACAUAGGCAUUUACUGGCAGCAGGUUGAUUUUUGCAAGACAAACAUCUUCCUGAGUUUUGAUAACAGCAUCUUUUUCUGCACAGGCAUGGACCAACAUGGUCCUGACUCUCCUCAACCAAGUCCUCCUCCUGUCAGAUUCCUGCUUUCUGGCGCUCCAGCCGGUCUUCUACCCCUGCCUCAGCCAGCUCACCUGCCAUGUGACCGACGCCCGCGUUCGCCAGGCUCUACGUGAGUGGCUGGGCCGCGUUGGCAGACUCUAUGACAUCAUUCUGUGACGCUGCGGCAAAGAAACGCAAAAGUACUGGACUAUUUAUUCAGUCAGUGUGUCAGUGAAGGAUGAAAAACAGGUGAAAGAUGAAUGAGGUUGACGCGGUGUCACUAUGCAGUAGAUUAACAGAGUGUUUCAUCAGCUGAUGGUCCCGCAGCGUGUCAGACUAGCUGAACAUUCAGAGGCUUUACCAAGUUAGAGAUUUGAUAGGCUGGUGAGAGUGAAUGUGAAUGUGCCAUUUCUGCCUGUUGCUCUUGGGUUAAAGAUGCUCAUCACCACAACAAACACACCGGUCAAACAGGCCAGUUUAACAGAUGCUAUAAAUCACAGAAGCAGGCGAGAACAGCAAAUUGGACCAAAGAUGUAGCUCUGCCAUAAUUCACACUGAUUUAACACCACUUUAAAUAAAGCCGUGAAGCACUAAUGUAUGAUUUGCUGGUAAUUGGUUUGAAAAGCCUUUUAAAAACACAGUUUUCAUAAAAAUGCUCAGUUCACAGCAUAAACAGUUUUUUGUUUAUUUAUUUAUUUUUUUAAUAAGCUGUGAAGUCAAAAAAGUGCUUACUGCAAUGAAGGCAAAUGACAUUUUCCAUAUCAUCACAGAAAUCCCAACAUUCAUUUAUUUUCAUGUGCAUUUUUGGCCUCUGGUUUAAAAUUGCACAUCAGAAUAUAUCUCUCGAUGAAGGAAAACUAAAUCUGCCCCACAGUUUCUGACUUCUGGUUAAUCCCUGAAAAAUAUGAUGCACAGACGCCACAAGGGCAGAUCACAAGUGAAAAAAAAUCAUACACUAGAAUCAGGUCACUGUGUUCACAUUUUUUAUGCUGUUGUAUUUAUUUAUUUAUUUGUUUGUUUGUUUGUUUCUUGAGCUUUACAGAGUGAGGACAUCUUUCCCUUGGCACGCAUUUUCGUCAUGCAGCUUUAAACGCAGAGCUCAGUCUUAUUUAAAGGAAUGUUUUUGGCUGUUAUUCACAAACAAAGAGUGUUUAACCAAACUGCAAUCAAGUAUUUAUUUUAGCCAAAGUUUGUAAACAUACAGUAUGUGUAUUUAUAUGUUUAAUGCCUAUGAUAUAUCACACUUUAUUUCAACCACAUCUAUGUGCAUAUAUUUAUGCAGAGGCAGUACAUUGAGAGCUGUUUUGUUUUUUGUAUCACCUGUUGCAGUAUGUGCUUGGAUCUUCUAUUCUUAUUUACAUUGAAAUAUUUCUUUUUUGGUUGUUUUGGAUGGAUGCGCUGGACUUUAACAGGGUUUCUGUCAUAAAUGAGUCACUGCGUUGGCACCACAUAUACUGUACUCUGUCAGGUUUCAUUACUUAAAAGUUGCUAAGGCAAAUUUUUGUCAUUUAGGUUAUGGUAAUGGCAGUGUUUUGAUCUGAGACCAGUGCAUGAAGUAAAAACUACAAGAAUGCUGUUUACUUUAAGAAAUGCAUCACAAAACCAUUCACCACAGCCCACGCACAAAAAUCCACCUUCUUGAAGCCCCUGUGAGGAUUUUUUGACUGAACCAACAGUGAUGGAUUUUCAUGACCUGUAAAAGUAAACAAUUCAUUCAACAAGAUCAAAAUCUCUUUAUCGCAGUGUUUUAUACGUGAAAUUGUUGAGGGGAUAGAUGUCACUCGAGACUAAGCUUGUUUUCCUCAGUCAAUAUCCACAAUAAGUGAAACUUUUUCACUGCUAAAAUAAUGUAUGAUGACUUUUUUAGUCAUAAAACACAACUUACACAUGUGCAGGUAAAAAUCAGUAAGAGACACCGAAAUGGGGAAAAGAGAAACCUUCUCACAGGAAAUGAAAUGGGACUAAAUAUACAUGAGGUUUUCUGAAAUCCUGAAUUUUUACUUCAUAAGUAGCCUUAAAAUUAAAAACAAUCAAAGUCAGAACUGCCAGUUUUGCCAUCAAACUCCGCUAUUUACCUACUCUAUCUUUGGUAAGCUCAAAUUUUUAUGACCCCUAUCGUCUUUCCUCCAACAACUCAUUUGUUGGACACAUUACAUUUUAAAACAAGACACAAAGUUUUCUAGACACGUAUAAAGCUCAUUCCUUGGUUGACCCUUUCAGUUUCAAUACACAUGACUAAUUUCUUGCAUGGAGCUCUGGGUAAGCUUCACGUAUUUAGCUUUACUCCUAUGCAAAAGAAAAAAAAACUAGGGUGGUUAUCUCCAAUCACAGCUACUUUGACUUCUAAUAUCACAGAAUCCAAAAAUCUAAUUUUCUUUCACAUAAUGUAAGUUGCCUUUCAUACUUUCAGAGGUGGCCAAAGCUGCCCCCUUGCCAACCCCUUGCUCCACCACUUAAGGGAUGCUGCCUGUUUUCUUUUUUUUUCUUUUUUGUCUCUUAAAAACAUUCAUUUAUGUAUUUAUUUAUUUUUAAUCAAGUUUCUUUAUUUAUUAACGCGUUUAAAAUCAACCAUUUUGGAGAGAUUGGACAGUGGAAGUAUUUUAUAUGGAGUUCAAUCAAACCAAAAUAUUGAAAUAAUGAACACGGAUGAUAGUAAGAGGAUACAAGUAAAUUCAUAACAGCAUAACAACAGUCAUAGCCUCAUUGUGGCUGUUGUGCUUUCAUGGUGAUGAACAGAAAAGAGGAUGUCUUAAGGUUCUGUGUAGCUGAUUGAAAUAUGUGUAAGUAUUUAACAAACCAGGUCCAGGACUGAAACCUUGAAAUGGUUUAUACUGGAUGCCUGGAAUGAAGGACAAUGCUGCUCUGUGAUUCCCCCUGUGUCACCUCAGUUGGCUCUAAAAAUUCAUUUCCACAAAGGAAUUACGACAAUGACGUAGGAUAGAGUGAUAACAUCACACAUGUCUCAAACAUGGACUACAAUAUUUACAUGAUAAAUAUGGCAGUCCAUCAAUCAGGCAAAUGCUACAACAACACAUGUUUUUGAGACUUUGUUUCUUCUUAAAGUAGGUUAGGCCGUUUAUUUUAAAUUCAAUUGAGAUUUAUUGUUAAAAUCCUCUUAAAGUCUCAACAGCAAUCAGUAAAUCAAAUGCAAUGACAAAAAUAGAGAAAACAAAUCCACUUCUACAAUUAUUUUACAUACUACUGGCAUUUGUCAGUUACAUUUACUAUCAACUGUCAUCGUUUGUAUCCCAAACUCUGCACGUUUACUGUGCAAGAGCCUGAAGCACUUUUGCAUGUUUCAGUGAAGGUUAAAGACCAACAUCUGCCCUACCUGUGCAACACGCCUUCUGUCCCAGUUUCUGUGAAUAAUGUCAAUGAAGAAAAAUAGAAAAAGCAAAGUGUUAAGCUAUAUGUGUCUGAAGAUUUGGGAUAUCCAAUACUCUCAUAGACACAGGCAUACAGAUUACAAGGUUAUUCCAAUGAUCGGUUACACGGUUUAAAUUUUUUUUUUUCUUGCUGGCCGUGCCCACAUGGUCAACAUUAGACCACUUCCCUUGCUGUUGCAAGGCAAUGCAACACUUCCCACAGCACUCCUGCUUCCCUCAGUAGUAGCUGCAAGUCUAAUUUAAAAUGUUGUGUAUACUUCAUUUAUGCUUUUAUCCAAUUGCAUUUUACAGAUCAAAUGUAAAACAAUUGGUUGAAAUUAGUAGCAUUGGCAGAGGCUACAGACCUGGAAAUUGUGCCUUUGAAAAUAUGAGUGUGGUUGACAUCUUCAUGUUGAAACACCAUCUUAGAUUUAUUGCCUUAGUUUGACUAAAAUCACAGUGUGGUUGGGAAUCGAUUUUCUCUGUCAUGCACACCCAGACUAAAGCUGAAAUAAGUACUCUGCACACGCUCCAUUGUUUGUACUGUGGGCCAAAAGAAGUUGAAUUGCACUAAUGUGCUGCUAAAAAGCGAGGUAGUAAAAAAAACCUAACCUGACAAAGUGAUGAUGUGAAAAGACGUAACUUUCCUGUCAUAUAAACAAAUAAUACAGAGGUAUAGAAGUAACUGUUUUCAGUAUUUGAUGUAUCUUCUGUUAGCUCGUGCUAGCCUCUUGCUAACAGGUGAUUCAUUUACUUGUAUCAUUUUGAUACAUAAUUGGUCAACUUGGAGACAGCCUGGUGCUAACAAGCUAAAAGGAGGCAUGUCACCACCUAUCAUAGCUGAGGCUUUUGUCAGUAACUCUCUUUUUGUCCAAUCAAAUCACCAAAUGGAGCUUUAACUGCAGCUUAACUUAGCUGUGCAUGUGAAGGUACUGAAUGUUGACAUCACAAGUCCCACCCUGUCUUGAAUCUGAUUGGCUGGCAAUGCCGACUAGUGCCAUUGACACUGUUCCAGAAGAUGUACUCUUUUCAACAAGAGCAACAACAAAAACAGAUAACACUGGAGCAUUUAUGCUGAGUCUGCAAAUGCUACACUGCAUGGUUUUGUAUAAAGUAUGGGUGCAGUUUCCACUGACAGUGCAGCGUUCGCAGUCAGUGGACACCAGCCCUUACCCUGCAGCCUUCUUAAAACCAAUCAGAGCAGAGGUGAGGCAAGAUUUUCUUAUUUAUGUAAAACUUUGCUGACAUUGUCUUUCUUAUACACUAAAACCAUUGAUUUAACCUUGCUGUACUCACUUUUUUCAAUCACAGUAACAAGUAGAUUUCAAAUUUGCCAUUUCUGUUCAUUGCUAGGGCUUAAUAUGUCUACUGAUGGUCCUGUAGAGUUCUUAUGCAAAGCGACAGUCCACUGCACAAAGAAAUGACAGACAUCAAAAUGAUAUAAUCUGAAAAAUCAGAAUCCGUGGUAUAAUAAUAACUUCAAAAGGUAAAGAAAACUGUGAAAAACAAAAAUACCAAUCCAAGUCAUGGCCGUUAUCAUGAGGUGAAAAGAUUGUCUGUUGUACUUGAGCUUAACUCUGAAAGAAUAAGCAUUUAUCACAUAGGCCAUUUAACAAAAAACCCUCUGAAGAAAUCUACUAUUGUGUCAGGACCCCCUUUGACCCGCAGUCAUGCUUGAGACUGAAGUGACAUCAGUUAACAGAUGAUCAGAACAUUUGGGGUCAAUGAAAACCUUGUCCUUGUUCCUACUUGGAAAUCUGUCUUGUAGGGUCAGUCUUCUCGACAAACAGCAUUAGCAUGUCUCGUCUCUCUGCCCUGCCCUGUCCCGUCUCCCUCGUCCUUCUGCCCCUCCCAGUGCCCCUGACCCGUCCCCAUUUUUCUCCCCCUGUUAUUUGACGGCCAGCGGUUAGUGGACAGAUGUUGUGGCCUCUCAGUGUGAUCGGCUGCAGUGAAGGGCAGGAUUUACUUGGUGUUAAAUCCAUGACGGCCUUUCCAUCUGAAAAAAAAAACAGUCGACUAAUGUGUCAGUGUCAUGCAACAAUUCUGCGCGCUUUUCAUUGAGUCAAUCGCUCGGACGAUUAUCCUUCUUUCAGGUCCCACUAGUAUUGUUUGUGUGUCAAUAUUUCUUAUGAUUUGAACUAAAUCUUAUAGCUGGAUCUCUGAGUUUUACGACUUAUGUACAUUUCAUACAUUGGAUUGGAAUAGAAUUGAAUUUUUAAAUGUGUAAGCCGGCUGAAAUUUAUCACACGCAAAAACUUCAUCUGCACUCUAAGCAGAUUUGAUUUGUUUGGUUAUAGCUCAGUACUGAAAGAAAGCCCUCAUGUAGAUGGUCUUGCACUCUAACAGCAGAAUGAUUUGAGAAGUUUUUUUGCUAGAUUUAAAGCUCUUAGUUUUCUUCCCUAUUUUUUCACACCCUUCUCAUUUAAAUUAAGUUGCACUUUUACUCCUAAUUUACAGUAAAAUCAUGUUUAUUGAGAGGGUCUACUUUUGAUUUUAAGGGGCUUUCUGAACUUUAAGCAACCAGUGACUUGGUGCACAUGCUUUUAAAAAUAACCGUUGAAAGAACUUAAGGAUUAAGUGUUAAGAAAAUUGUGAAUUGAAGAGGAUUUGGCACAUCAGUCGAUUUAUCAGGGUUUGAUUAUCGGGAGGAAAUGACUGUCAGACAGUGUGGGACUGAAAGCAGAGCAGACACUGACACCAACCAAGAAGAGUAAUGACCCAGACAUUUGACACAGUUUCCAAAGUGGACAACCACGUGACAGAUGGCGUCAUAAGAACGUAUAGAAGCGGGGAAAUUAAAGGCAAUGCAUACCAGCUCUUUUAGUCACAUUUAAUGACAAGUUGCUUUCACAAAAAAAAAAGAUAUUUAAUACAAAUCAGCCUCAGCGCAGUGCAGAAUUCGGACACAGCCCUUUGGCAGAGGUUUUAAGACUUGCUGUGUGAUUUAGGGGUUGUCAGUCAGGUUAUACAUGUGCUUUAUCUUAUCCUCUGAUCUGGUCAUUGUUGUCUUGAUCAAGCAUGACUGGUCUUGUCUUUCUUUGUAGUCAAUAUUGUGCACUGCUAUCACAUCAAAGCAGAGAAAUUCCCCUAAUAUGGGACGAUUUUGCUGAAAACUGUCACUGAAACAUACUUUUAGCUGACUUGUCUGAGCGGUUUGCACUGAUUUUACUGAUCUGAGUAAUUUGAUUCCUAGCUAUCUGCAUAUUUCAAUCUGAACAUACAGCUUUGACUCAAGCUCAAAAUCAAAAGAUAAUUCAUAGUCAACAGGGAUGGGUCUGGGGAAUGGCAGGAGAUGGCUUCAACUGUGAUUGGCUAUCCAGAACUUACAUUAAAAUCAAAUGCGUAGCUUUCUUAUGGCACAUUGCCUUUCGUUAGCAGACCACUUAACAGUGUGACAUAAGGCAUACACUUCAUUUGAUCCUUAAAAAACUGAGCCAAGACAAUCAAAAUGCUGUCCUCUGUUGUACUCUUAAUGUAAAGAAAACAUAGGAAUAUAACAUUGUUUGGAUUUCAUUGUGUUAUUCCUUCACUCAUGUACCCUGUGUCACAUCUGCAAAGGUCAGUGCAGCUGUUUGGCCUCCGUAAAGUCUGCCCCUGCCUCUCCAAGUCAAAUAGAAAUACAAAACACACAGACACAAGCGUCUCUCUUACCAUCCUGCCAUGACAUUGUAUUGUUUGCCUUUAAUGAUAAGCCACCAGUGACUGUGGGUACACAGUAUUCAAUCAGUUUCAUUAUGGGUUUACAUUAAAGACCCACAACUCAAAACGAGGAUUAAUUUGUUUCUAUUGCUUUGAUUUUGCCCUUCAUUAUGUUAUUUUAUUUUCUUCACAUUUUCCCUCACCUGUCCGAGAGCUCUGCAUGAGUGUCAUCCUAAACAGCGGAGGACCUCUUUAAAGAAGUUGAACUUUAACCUACAAAAUUUAUAAAACCUCAGAUUGUUAAUCUUUAUCCGCUUAAGCAGGUGUAACAAAGUCCUUUAAACAAACGACAAAAGGUCAGUGAGGCUGUUUUGCAAACACCCCUCACUCAUCUCCUUUUGCUGUUAAAUUCAGUGGAGGGCAAGAAUGCAAAUAAUUAUUUCUGGCAUUAUUACUAUUAUUUGUGUUAUAUUUAGAUUAUUUCUAUGGAUGGUCCAGUUAUGAAAAAUUAUAAUGCAUCAUUCUGUAUCCUUGCAAACAAAUGUGUACACACUUCCUGGUGUGGUUGCAGGUGUUCUGCACAUUGAUUCAUGCGGUUGGUUUGACUGUUUGCGUCCUUUGCUGACAUUGAACGCCCCGAGCCAGACAGACCGAUGAGCAGGCCAGCUAUUGUUGUGACUGUGAUUUCUAAAAGUGUAUUUUUCUUCUGCUUUUGAUAUGAGAAAAAAAAAGCACCUGUAAUCUCUCCUCUCAGUGUUUUUAAGCAGCUCUGGCUUCUCAGUCUCACAGUCAUGUAUCUGCUGUAUGUUUCAAAGCGCUCCUCUGAGCAGCCUGUCAGCUCUGUGUGUUGUACAAUAAAAGCAGUUUAUCUCAACUGUCUGUCUUCAAGCUUUGCUUCCUCAGAUCUUCACAGCUAUGAUAACAACCUGCUAAAAUCUG